AACAGACUUCAGGAUGAGUGGAUGCUACUGCUUUCCCUCUUCAUUCUUGCUGGUACUCCCUUCCUUUGAGGGGGCAGGUGGACAGGCAGCGACAGCAAGACGGAGAGCAGCUUAUGCUAACACCUGCCUUUUCACGUGCAUUUUACUCUCGUGCUGGGAAUCUGCACUGCAAAAUUCAGAGGACUACAAUUUUCAAAGGAGGAUUGCGUUUCGGUUCUCAGAUUGUUUUGGAAAUUGAGAAUUAGGUGAGUUUGCUUUUAACUGUGCACCAAAUUGAAUUUCUCCCCCACCUGCAGUAGCAAGUGUGUUUUUCAUUAUUCUUCCUCUGGCUGGAGGAGCACCAUCGUUUCCUCUGAGGUGGAUGGAUUGAUGGGAGCUGCUCAGCAUCUUCCGCCUGCCAUUCCUCCUUGAGAUUGGCAGCAGCACGACACACAGAGCUGCCACUCUUGAAAUUAUGUCCCUUUCCACUGGAGAACUCCUGAUAUAUUUUAUGACUGCUUCUGCUGAGUUAGGGUCUGAGCCUUUCCCAACACCUGACCAGAAAAGAAGUGAGCCUACUCUGUUUUCUGACUGCCGGCCCAAAGAACAGAACGGAAAGUUGCUAACAUUUCAGGUUGCUUGCCAGAAUUAUAGGAGAGACCACAGCUCAGUGGCAGAGUGCAUGUUUUGCAUGCAGAAAAUGUCAGGUUCGGUCUCUAGCUUAUCCAGUUAAAAGGAUAUUCGGGAGCAAAAGAGCUCUCUCAGCCUCACACCUUGGAGAGAUGCUGCCAGUCUGAGUAGGCGAGGCAAAAUAUGGCACUCUAGAUGUUUUCUUGCACUAGUUGGCAUCUGUUUGUCUCAAGAGACAAUGGAGUGCACCUCCCGGGGGGGGGGGGUGAAAUCAAACCUCUGUGUUAGCAGCACCAAAGUGACCUUCCCAGGGCAAAAGUCUGGGCAAGGUGUAUGGAGGUCCUGGGCUGCCCAGACAACACAACCCCCCUCUUGGCCUUGCUGAUGUGGUCUGAAAGAAAACAGAGCAAGUACAUUUGGCACCAGCUUGGCUGCAGGAGUUGCUGGGAGGAGGUGUACAGGGCACCACCCAACUGCCUUAAGGAUUUGUGUGUGGUUUACUCCUUAGCCUUUCUUUCUUUUGAAUAUAUCCCGCAAGGCAGUGGAUGUUUAGGAUCAGAGAUUUCCUUCUCCUAGAUGGGUUACAUCCCCAGGUUGAUGAGCCCCAUCUUCCCCUCACUUCCCUCUACAGUAUAGGCAGAAACCACCUUCUUGACCUUUGGGCCCACUAUUGGUCUUGUCCGCUCAGUCCACCAGAGCUUGUCCCUAGAUCAUUGAGGGUUUGAGACCCACUGACUACCCUCACUUCAUUUAAAUGGCCAGUCGAAGCUGUUCCUGGGGUGUGGCUGCUGUUACAUGCUGACAGCUUCCAGGAGCCACAGGUGAGAGGUGACAAUGGGGUGGAGACCAAAAGUGGACAAACUACCCCAGAAGGAGGACAACGUGUCCUCCAUCUGCCCACCCCCUAAAUCCCCAUAUACCCCCUAUGACCCAUGGGCCACAGUUCAGAGAAAGUGUGUCCACUUUGCUUGCAGAAUGUCCUGGGCUCAGUCCGUGGAACUUCCAGGUAGGGCUGGGAGAGUCCCUUGUUUGAAACUGUGGAAUGACGCUGCCAGUCCUUGUGGAAAGUGUGGGGUGGGUAGACCAGUGGUCUGAGGUAAUUUUUCUAUAUUCCUGUGCUUCCAGCUGCUGGAAGAUGGGGGGAAGUGAAUUGUACAUAAACCACUUCAAGAUCUUGGGACACCAAAGUGGUCUAUAAAUGGAAAUAAGAACGAUAGCUGUGAAGGCUGCUAUCCAUUCUCAUUCAUUCUCCCUGAGGAGAAGCUCAGUCCCCUCUAUCUACCACCACCAUCCAUGAAGUACGUAACAAUAAACACCUUAGACUGUUUGAUGCAUGUUUUCCCUCCUUAAGGUUUUCAACAAAGACAAAUAAGCAAAUUAUUCAUCUUGCUUCCUCCAUCCUAUAUACCUCACGAUGCACUCUGCUUUGCAAAGCUCAGCAUUCCUCUCAGAGCCUAAUUUCAAUUUAAUGCAAAUGAAGAGGCACCUAACGGUUCAGCAGAAUUAAUUAGGCUCCGGUUAUUGGCAGAGCCAUCAGCUGGGGCCUCGCUGGGCAGAUGCGCUUUGUCACAAAUGUUGUCUCCAACCCACUCAGCUGGGCUUCUGAGCACAGCAGACAACACCUAAUGGGAGUAGACAGUUUUAAUUUAUAACACUGGCCAUUUUAAAUGGCAGUUCUCCCAUUCCCUGCCCAAGGCAACAGAUCUAUAUAGGUCAUAGAGGUGCCAAAAUUGUAUGGAAUUUUACACACAAACACACCUAAAUCCUGCAUAAUGUCCUACUCUUUUUAUACGAUUUCAGCAGCUAAUGAGACUUUGCUGUUUAUUAUAGUCAUCUGCUAGCUGUCCAAAGAUGCGGACAUUUACCAUCACUGAGGACAAUAGCAGACCAUACUGUAAAUAUUGCUAUUCUAAACCCAUUUUCCUAGGAGAAAUCCCCAUCGAAAACUCACAUCUCAGUAGACAUAGUUAGGAUUGCGGCCUAAUGCCCAAAGAGCAUGAUGCUUAACUUGCAAAGAUCUGUACUGUCAAAGGGGAACAUGGUGGGGUAUAGAAUAGAAAAGACAAAAGGAUGCAGUUCUUCAAACACCGCAUCUAUAGAAUUUGUUACCAGAGGAUGUAAUAAAGGCUACCUUUUCUGAUGGCUUUGAAAGGGGAUUAGACAAAUUCAUGGAGGGUAAGGCUAUCCAUAGGAACACGAGUGGCGCUGUGGGUUAAACCACAAAGCCUAGGCCUUGCCGAUCAGAAGGUCGGUGGUUCGAAUCGGUGGUGAGCUCCCAUUGCUUGGUCCCUGCUCCUGCCAACCUAGCAGUUUGAAAGCACAUCAAAGUGCAAGUAGAUAAAUAGGUACUGCUCCGGCGGGAAGGUAAACGGCAUUUCCGUGCUCUGCUCUGGUUCGCCAGAAGCGGCUUAGUCAUGCUGGCCACAUGACCCGGAAGCUGUACGCCGGCUCCCUCGGCCAAUAAAGCGAGAUGAGCGCCGCAACCCCAGAGUCGUCCGCGACUGGACCUAAUGAUCAGGGGUCCCUUUACCUUUACCUAAGGCUAUCAGUGGCUGCUGUUGUUGGCUUCCAUCUGUCUCGAGAGACAAUGGAGUGCACCUCCAGGGGUGAAGUCAAACCACUGUGUUAGCAGUACCAAUGUUAGCUCCAUGGGGUGCAAGCCUGGGCAGUGUUCAUGAGGAUCCUCAUCCUGAUGGAUCAUGUUCUACCUGAGAAUUAAGGAGACAGUCUGCCUGCCCCCCCAAGUGUAUGACUGCAAUAAAGAAUAAUAUGAGAAGCCAGGAUUUUUGAUUGCUCACAUUCAAGAUCCCAGGAAAAAUAUUUCCUCACUUCCUCGUUUUAAUGGGUGAUGCUGAGAAAUGUUUGGCUCAAUGCUUACCAAUUAAAAACGGGUACCUGAACAUAUAAUAAUAUUAAGGGUUGGGGAGGGAUAUUGCAAUUAUAUUAUGGUUUGAAACUGUUAGUCGCUCUGGGUGUUCUAAUAAGUUUAAUAAACAAAAUGUUUUUUUUCCCUUUAAAAUGACAGAUAAUCAAUUUAUAAAAUCUUCACCAGAUAUACAGCCCUGGUUUUUGAAUAGACAAUGAAUCACCCAUGGCAUCAGUGCUCUUCAGGAUGUUUGCUAGCUAGGGGGUACCUUUCAUUUAUAGAGGCGGGAUUGGGUACCACUUUUAUCUGUUCUUCAGCUCUCUAUUGAUGGAUGUUCCCAUCACACAGGAGUCUUGCAUUCUAAUUUAUUCUCAAGGAGUCAGCCAUAGCACAGAAGGAAUUUAGCACACUCACAUCUGCAGCAAUAGUCAGAAGAUUAUACAACGUCUUCAGUGCUCUUCCUCCUUUAUGGAGCUUUGUUCCAAACCACAAAUACAUGGCAGAAACUCAAUAUUGCCAAGAACGCAAUUUCAGAUUUUUCCAGGUCUCCAAUCAUCCUGCCUCCAUUCCAUAUGGGGAAGGGGAAACUGGCAACCCAAACAGGGUUCAGGGCCAGCCAUUAGAUAAGUUGAGGUGGAUGUCUCCAACGGGAGAUGCUGGGAGCAGCAGAGUGUUGGAGUGUUGUUUGUGACAAGUGGCUGACUCCUCAUACCCCUAAGCUUCCUGUGGGUGCAAUGGAGAAUCCUGUCCCCUCGCCACUGUUGAAGUGAGAUUCAAUAGCCGGUCGGGUCAGCUUUUGUACAUGUGAUUGUGCAUGUGGGGGUACAAUCUAGUCCUUUGCCUCAGGCAGCUCAGUGUCAUGGUCCUCACCGAACCACUUUGUAUACUUAUAAAAUAUCUUAUUGCUCCCCAGGAUUCAAGCUAGAAACACAUGUGCAGAAGCAGAGUUGAGCCCAUUUUAAAAGGUAUUCACAUUUAUCUUAACAAUCAAUGUAAUACAGGAACUUUUGUAAGAGUACACACCAGAAGUGCACAGUAUUUAUUAUAUAUGAAUUGGAAAAACUUGCAAAUACCAGGUAGGCCUAGCAUUUAAAUAGAUGAUGUUUAGAGAAUAAUAUGUUUAAAGUUAAAAUGGAAAGAAAGAAAGAUGUUAAGUGACUAAGUUAAUAUUGCAAGAAAAAUUGGUUUUGGAAAAUGUUACAAUGAUAUACACUGAAAUUCAGCUAGGGGGAUUCAAAGAAGUCACCUAACAAUGUUACUAAGAUUGGAUUAAGUUCAGUUAUGAUUUAUGUUUGUUUGUUUGUUAAAAUUUUUGGAAAAUCAAUAAAAAAUUUUGGGGGGGAAAUUAUUAUAUAUGAACUCUCUCUCUCUCUCUCUCUCUCUCUCUCACACACACACACACACUCUUUAUAUAACCCUUCAAUAAUAUUCCCAGGGCAGUUUACAAAAAGAAUACAACAAUUAAAGUGCAAAUAAAAAAAUAAAUAAGCUGAAAACCCACAAAAUCAUAAAAACCGCAUGAGAAAUAGUAUGGGUAAAAUAUACAGCAUUCAAGGGUAAAUAUGGAAACCAUGGAAGGGGAGGACAGGAAGUCAAUUGAUAAAGUAACUUAUGGUUUAUGUUAAAAUUUGUAAAGUUUUUUCCUCCCUUUGUGAAAAAAUAAUAAAUAAGAUAAAAAAAACCAUGAGAAAAUCAGCAGGAUUAAAAGCACAUCUGGAAAACUGAGCAAAACAAAAAGCUCUUUUCCCUAGCACAAAAAGAAGAAUACAAGAGCUGCCAAGCACCUCUCUUUGCAAGAAUAUCUCAUGGUUGGAAAAUUCCUUAAGUCCCCAUAUUUAUUUGACCUUUAUUCUUUUAACAUCAAUACAGUAAUAAUAUGGCACCAUUAUUAUUAUUAUUAUUAUUAUUAUUAUUAUUAUUAUUAUAUUUUGCAACCACUAGCCAGAAGGACUCGUUCAUAUGCUCUGGAUGGCACCAUAAAGGCGAGACAUAACUCCCCCUUAUUCCAUAAAUCCGCCUUCCCCAACUACAGUAGGUGCCCUCCAGAUGUUGUGAACUACAACUCCCAUUAGCCCCAGCACAUGGUUGAGGAAGGAAACAUUAAAGAAACAGCACAAGGCGGCAGAGAGAGAAAAGGAAACUGCAACAAUUAAAAAAACACUUGACAGAAUGUGCCCAGUCACAAGAUAAAUAUUAUCAGGCCCCUCAUAAUUUACAAAUAUUUAACAACCAAGUUUUAAAAUUCAGAUUGUUUCCACAGGUAGGCCUGAUCUCUGCACAAUAUGAAGUCAAAACAAAACACCUCACUGAGCAUGUGCAAAUCAAAAUACCACAGCCCUCUUCACUUCAAGGGCUAUACAUCACAGUUAUAUUUGCAUGUGCCUCCUCUUUAAAUUCUGGUCUAUAUCUGCUAAACUUCUAUGUGCUUUGAUUUUAAGCUGUGAUUGUCAAGUACAUCCUUGGGGUGGGGGGAUGUGUCACUUUAAACUAUUUAGAUCAGUACAAAUAAGUCAUGUGCAAAGUGAAGAGCUGGGCUAUGGCACAAUUAACAUUCUUUUGGCUCCUUGCCAUUUAAUUAUGCAUCCUCUACUUUGAUCACCUUGUUCAAUGUGAAGGUUUUUAUGAUGCAUUAAACUCCUUUAUAUUUGGAGUGCCAUUCGAGCCAUUCUGCAUACUGCUAAGGAAAUGAUAUAUACGGAUGACCUGAGACUUGCGGGCAGAGGUUUCUAAGAUAUGAACGAUAAACUUGGGCAGACGGAAACCUCUUUUUAGCAAUAAUGGAUUAAGUACCCGUAAGUGAAAGCCUGAAAUGUCAAGAUUUAGUAUGGAUAAAUUGUUAACAGCUGUCUUUGUUGUAAAGUUAAGGGAACUGGAAGAAAUGGAUGGUGAAAGUCAAAUUCAAAGCAGAAAAAGGUAUUUUGUGCCGAAACAUGCUUUGUGGCAAUGGGUUGCAGCCAAUGUAGCACUGCAUAAACAUGCCAUAAGAGCAAGGAUUUCUGCUUCUGCAAAUGGGAUCCCCAUAACAGAGGGUCCUGGUUGCACGCGGGACCCAAGAGCUCACCUGACAGGGUUAAAAUGGGGGAGGGGGGAGGAGCAAGAAGUCCUGGCCAUCCCCCUGGGAUCACGCCAGGCGAUUUUAGCCAAUAGCCAGUGGGUGGCGUGAUCCCAGGGGCUUUAAAAAUGGCAGUGUGACACAAGGAGGGGCACUUGCUUCACACUGUUGAACACCCAGCCACCCUCCCUAGUUUAGGUGGAGUGGCUUGGCCUUGCUUUGGUUUGGGUUGCCUGUUUUGGAACUGGGGCUGGGUAGGAAUUUUUCCAUUUGGCAGAUUGGCUUUAGCCACUUGGUUUUUGCCUACCCCUUAGCAAAUCGUCACAACUUGUAAGGUGGCAGUUAGGCUUUGGCUCAGUUGGAUUGUGGGGAGGGGAGGUGCGGCCAUCACCUGCCCCUCUAGGAACUGGGUAUUCCGGUAAAGGAAUCUGGGGGUCCUGGAUCUCGUCCAAAGCCCGCUUGAGGGGCUAGGGCCAUGCCAGGACCACAGGAACCCCGGGGUGAGCUUCGGUUGGUCCUCAUCGACCUUGCUCCCUCGUUUGGUUUACCCCAUUGGACGAUCACCCUGAGAGGUGGAGUCAGUUAUAGUGGUAAGUCAAUGCCUAAGCCAAUACCAAUACUACUCAUGUGAUUGAAUUUCAAUAAAGUUGUGGCCAAAAUUUGCCCAAAAAACUUAUACUAAUAUAAGUGUCCGUGUGUAUUUAUUUUGGGGGUGGGUCUUGGGGCCUCGAGACGCAAUCAAAUGUUCUCUCCUCUUGUCCCACUCUGUCCCCCUAAAUCUAUUCUAGGGGUUCUCUCAACCCUCUAGAGGAGAUUUGGGGAGGGCAUAGCAUGCGGCAGGAGGGGAGGAAGGAAAGUUGUGCAAGCAGAAAUCCUUGUGCUGAUGGGAUAUGCUAUUUAAAUACGGUCCUAUGUAUUUAUUUCUUGCACAUCUAACUAGGGAUAGGCAAAUCUAUCAGUUUUGGUUUCUCUCUUCUUUUUCUUUUUCUUUUUGUCUUUGGCUGUCCAUAUUUCCACAUCAGUUUGUGCAAAUUUCCCCUAAUAUACACAUUUUUUACAAAAGCAGUUUCUCCCAGUAUAAUGUACUUUUGUAGGGUAUUUUUGUUGGUUGCAGAAAAAAAAUAACAAAGAAAGGAGAAUUCCCUGGAUGCUUAGAUCCAAGUUUGGGAUAAGUACUCUUUGGAGAGAGAAUCUAAGCAGAGAUUUAAAAUCACAAAUAUGCAGCAAAGUAAGGAAUGGAAAUAUAGGCUGUCAGACCUUUAAAAUAUGCCCUUUCAACGGAGUUCCAAUACAGCCCCCUCUUCCCUCAGUAUAUGAAAAACCACAGAUGUAAUAAGUUAAAAAUGAUUUACUUACAAACUCUCCAAAUACCAGGUUCAUGUGCUUUUCCAUACAUCAGUCAGAAAGGUUGCACAUUCGUAAAACUUUGUUUAGUUCCAAAGUGGUGAAAGUUCCUCAGUUAUUGGUAGAGGAACUCCAGCCGGGCUGGAGCAACCAGCAAAUCAGCAAAGUGCUGAAUUUCAAAGGAUGGUGUGUUUUAGAAAGUCAAGAUUUAGAGAGUAUGCUUUUAAGUGUGGACUUAAAUUCCGCCCCCAUCCAUCUAACCCACCCUUCAUUCACAUGAAUCCCUGGGUAGUUUACAAAACAAAUCAAUGAAGUAAUAUAGGAACGAUAAAUAAAACAAGAAUUUAGAACUGUGGAAGAAUACACAACUUCAAUAAACAGCAUAGUUUAAAUUUGACUUUCAAGGCCUUGUUGUUGUUUAGUCACUUAGUUGUGUCUGACUCUUCAUGACCCCAUGGACCAGAGCACGCCAGGCCCUCCUGUCUUCCACUGCCUCCCGCAGUUUGGUCAAACUCAUGUUCGUAGCUUCGAGAACACUGUCCAACCAUCUCGUCCUCUGUCAUCCCCUUCUCCUUGUGCUCUCAAUCUUGCCCAACAUCAGGGCCUUUUCCAGGGAGUCUUCUCUUCUCAUGAGGUGGCCAAAGUAUUGGAGCCUCAGCUUCAGGAUCUGUCCUUCCAGUGAGCACUCAGGGCUGAUUUCCUUCAGAAUGGAGAGGUUUGAUCUUCUUGCAGCCCAUGGGACUCUCAAGAGUCUACUCCAGCACCGUAAUUCAAAAGCAUCAAUUCUUCAGCCUAGUUCAGCUAUUUAUUCAAGGCCUAGUUCAGCUAUUUAUUGGGUCCCACUGGGCUCUAAUGCUGACCUGCCAAAACUAGUGAGCUUGAACCCUGGACUUUGGACACAGACUGCAUUCUACGCCCCACCCAGCUGCCAUGUGUUUUGAUUCCAAGAGUUGGAGCCUUCUGCUUUUUGUCAUUUUUGUUAAUGCAGAUGCCAGCAGGUCAGCCUUGUAGUUUUGCAAGUUGUUUUUUUUUAAUUCCUUGGUCUCCAUUCCGGAGGUAUAUUCAAACAUGCUAUAAGCUUUUACUGAUGCCCUACUUCUUGAAGCACUUAGGUGCACAAACAGUGAUGUUUGGAUGCUGCUUCUCUCUAUAUAUAAAUCUGCCCUGGCUUGCAAUCAACCCUUUCAUUAAAAAAAUUCUGCAGACAGCAAAAAAAUAAGAAUAACAGUAUUCCUUAUCUGGAGAUGCCAAACAUUCUAGUGAUGUAACCAUUUUAAUCAAAUUAAUUCUUCCUGUUGAGCAAGCUGCAUCUCUUGCCAGGGCCUUAAAUUUAUGUGCAAUUUCCUUUAAUGGUGGCUUAUAAUUAUUUCGAACACCGCCAAUCAAUUCAUUGUGCUAUAAUCUGAAUUAUUAAAUAAUGGGGGGAAUCUUUAGAAGUGCUUAAGAAAAGAAGGCACAGCAAAGCAACUUUUGAACAGCGUGUUAGCAGGCAUAAUCUGAAAUGCUCUGUUUUAAUCCACUCCUGGAACUGCAUGUUAUCAAAAUCCUAUCUGCGCUAAUGCAGAUGGCUCUGCCUCACGGGGCAGUUCGCAUGGGUGAAAUUAGAGGUGAUCAACAUCAGCGGGAUGGCUAAUUAAAAAUGUGAAGGCUGCAACCGCUACAGACUUAGGCAGGAAUAAGUUUCACUGAACCCAGUGAAACUUCUGAAAAGAUAUGCAUAUCAGCUCACACUGUGGACCAACUUGGAAACUCUUUGUUUUGAUCACUUGGCCAGACACAUCGCUGUACAGUGGUACCUCGGGUUACAGACGCUUCAGGUUACAGACUCUCCUAACCCAGAAAUAGUACAUCGGGUUAAGAACUUUGCUUCAGGAUGAGAACAGAAAUCACAUGGUGGCAGUGGGAGGCCCCAUUAGCUAAAGUGGUACCUCAGGUUAAGAAUAGUUUCAGGUUAAGAACGGACCUCCAGAACGAAUUACGUAAGUUUUUAACCUGAGGUACCACUGUACAUGCCAAUGGCUUGUCCUUUUUCUGGCACCUGUGUCUGGUACACCACUACCUAUUUUGUCUCUUUGGGGUGCCAUGUUAAAACCUUCUUGGUAUCACAGAACCAUAGAGUUGUAGAGUUGGAAGGGACCCCGAGGGGCAUCUAGUCCAACCUUCUGCAACGCAGGCAUCUCAACUAAAGCAUCCAUGACAGAAUUGCUUGAGUUUUCUUCUGGGUUCAGCAGAGGCGCUUAGAAGUUAAGUAUUCAAGACUCAUAAAGUUGGAAGGGACUUUAAAAGUAAUAUAGUCCACACACACCCCAAGCAGACACUGAUGUAGAUGUCUUGAAGUAGGAACCGCAACAAAGGAAAGGAGGAUUUAUUGGUUGUGUUGCUGCUUCAGCAGAGGAUGUCGUGCUCUCUGCUCUGGAAAACGUCUGCUGUGUUUCCUUUCCGCUGCAUUACUGGCUAGCAAUGACCUUCCUGCUAGAGCUGUUGGAUUGUGGAGGAACUGGAAAGGUAUAACACUCAUGGCUGGCUGGGUGAAUGGGAGUGAGAAGGUCAGAGUCUGCGUAUUUCCUGUUCACAGGAUGUUUAUGUUUUCUGUUGCUUUCGUUUUCUCUCUGGUGUCGCAGACACUAAAGCAGUCAGUCAUGUUUUUCUGUGUUCUGAUCAACGCUGAAUAAACUUGUAAAUAAUGCUCUCCUGAGUGCAACUUUUGGCUGUGACUAUCUGCUGAUAGAGUGUGCAUGAGCUCUGGAAUGUGGCAAGAAAUCUUCUAGAAACUCAUGUCGCUAAUUGAUGAUACUGCGUGCCUACGGGAGGUCGAUGGAUCGUCCGGCAGACGGCUUGGGGCCAUGAUGGACUUUAUCUCCCUGGCAGUAUCCCAACAACAGGUUUCGGGCCCAGAUUCACAGCACUUACAGGAGAGUAAGACUGCGACAGACUGCUGAAAGGUAUGUGGAGGAAAAGCGAAAGUAAGGCUUUUCUGUUUGCCGCGGCAAGAGCUUUGAUGUCCGGCUGGCAGAUUAAUGGAUCUGGGAGCCGCGCCAAAGGCCUCAAGAUUUAUGAGCUGCCGAGAUAAGACGUCUCUGAAGUGAAUAAGAUUCACGGCUCAAGUAGAAACCUGGAAUGGAGUUUUUCCAGGCUUCUGAGGCUGCUGAGUGCCCAAAGUUAAAUCGGCACAAUUAUGGGACCUGGGCUGUGUGGUGUGAGAGCUUGCUGCGUCAGUUUGGAGUGUGGCAUACUGUGUGUGAGGCCCCUCCAGUUCCUCUGACAGAAAGAUGGGAGUCCGAAAAUUUGAGGGCGAUAGACAUAAUCGUCUUGUCCGUCUCUCUGGAGGAAAUAAAAACGCUAGCUGGCAAUCUGACUGCACGUAACAUGUGGCAUGCUUUGAAGAUUGCCCAUUUGCCAGUCAUCCCAGCCCAGAGUUUAACUGCAUCGGAGGUCCUGGCUGUUUCCCAGAAUGCGAGUGAAUGCAGGGAUGCUGAGGGCACCGGUUGCAAGCUGCAGGGGAGCUGACUGUCACGUCAUCCCAGGCAGCAUUCCAGCCUCCAGGGGAGCCAAGGAGUCGGCAGCUGAGAGCUCUGUUUCUCGUGGGAGCCAAGGUCAUCGCCUUUGCAGAGGCCGGAAGGGCAAAGGUAAACAGAGGCAGACGCCUGCAGAUGGCCAGAAGCAGAGGGAGGGUGAAGAGCCCACGCCAGAGGAAAACAAGGUUUUGUUUGCUGGCACAGCUUCACCAAAGGCUAAAGGCAAGUCUGAUGGCCAGGAGCAGGGGGGCAAGCUGCAAAAGCCCACGCCGGUGGAAAACAAGGUUUUGCUUGCUGCAAAGGCUGCUCCAAAAGCCAAGGCCAGGUUUGUUGUUGAUUCAGGCUGUACCCGCCAUGUGUCGAAGGACCGCCAUCUCUUUGUCUCCUUCAAGCCUCAAGAAGGUGAGAUCCACCUGGCUGAUGGAAAGACGUUGCGAAUUGCGGGAGAAGGGACUGUGAAACUGGCAAGUCUGCACACGACCAUCAAAGAUGUACUGUAUGUUCCAGGUGCUGCAGACAAUUUGCUCAGUGUCCCACAGUUGACUGGGCGUGGUUUUGAGAUUUCCUUCAAGAGGAGCGUCUGUGUCAUCAGAAAAGGCAAAGAGGACAUUUUGCAUGCAAAGUUUAUGGAUGGCUUGUUCUGUAUAACUUAUGAUGACAUUGCUGCUGUUGUGUCUAAUGUUGAUUCUUGUUGUGUUGCACAAACUAACAAAGUUCUUCAUGCAGGAUGCAUUCACGAUGCACAUCGGAGGUUUUGCCAUCUCUCUUGGAAGGCACUGGCCAAGAUGCCAGAGAUGGUUGAGGGUUUGAACAUCAAACCCUGUAAGUUUCACAUGAAAUGUGUAUCUUGUGCAGAGAACAAGGUGAAGGUUGCUCCAAAAGGCAAGGAGUCUAGCAGGCAGGCUUCCAAACCCUACCAGCUAGUGCACGCAGACCUGGUUGGUCCACUUGCGCCCUCUUUGGGUGGAGCAAGGUACUUCAUGGUUCUAAUUGAUUCUUUUUCCAGGUACAUUCAUGUGUUUAUGCUCGAGCAGAAAUCGCAAGCGUUUCCUAAGUUCAAGGCAUUCUGUGCUUGGUUGGAGAAUGUUCAUGGUAAACGUAUUGGCUGUCUGUUUACUGAUCGAGGCGGGAGUUCACUUCUCAGCAGUUUGAAGCUUUCCUGACUGAGAAGGGAAUCCAGCAUGACUUGUCAACGCCUAGAUCGCCAUGGAUGAAUGGGCUUGCGGAGCGAGCAAAUCAAACGUUGCUGCAAGGAAUGAAAACAUUGUUGCAUGAUGCCAAUCUCCUGAUAAGUAUUGGGGGGAGGCUCUGUCGAAUUUUGCUUACACUUAUAAUCGCAGAUUGUCAUCACCUAUUGGUUGUACUCCCUAUGAGAAGAUGUUUGGUAAGAAACCCAACAUCAAGCACAUGAGAAUCUUUGGUUCUGACAUGUGGGUACACACCCCACAGAGCAACAAGCUUGGGAAGCGUGGGGCACAUGGUUUGUUCAUGGGGUACGAAAAGGUGCAUACAGGGUAUGGAUGACCAACUCUAAGUCCAUUAAGUUCACAAAGAGUGUUGAGUACAAUCCUAAGUGGGGGGAAAAUGUGGGAAUUUUCCAGAGUUACCCAGAGGAGGAUGAAGGUGAUGUCAAAGAAGCAGCUAAAGCUGAGGAAGCUGCUGAGGAUGAUGAUGACGAUGAUGAUCAGAGUUCGGAUUCCAGUUCAGUGGGCGGCGCUGCUGCUGAUGUCAGUGACAGUGAUGACACAGCAGACUACAAGAGCGCAAAGGCCUCAGUCAGACCAUCUGAUGCGUCUGACAAUGAACUGGAAGAACCACUGUUCACCAUUGGUCACUUUUCUCCUAAGAAGGAGGAGAUGAGUCCAGAAGACUUGCGUCUAGUACGCAGAUCUGAGAGAGCCACGAAGGGCAGACCUCCAAAGAGAUUUGCUGAUGAGUUUGCUAAGACAGCAACUGCUGUUCUUAGUAGCUCAGAGAAGGUAUGGGAACCUUCAAGCUUCAAAGAGGUUCAGGAGUUAACCUCUAAAGAUGCUGAGCCUUGGCUUAAUGCCAUGAAGGCUGAAGUUGAUUCCUUGAAUAGGAACCAAACUUGGGAACUGGUACCGGUAGUCCCAGGAAUGAGACUGGUUGGCAGCAAAUGGGUCUUCAAGGCCAAGACAGACCAGAAUGGCAAGGUUGUCAGACACAAAGCCAGAUUGGUUGCCAGAGGUUUUUCACAGGUACCAGGACAGGAUUACCACGAGACCUACUCACCCACCGUCAAAUAUGAGAGCAUUCGGCUGAUGCUCAAGAUAGCUGCAGAGGAGAAACUGCAUGUUUCCCAUCAUGACAUUAAUACAGCUUUUUUGUACGGGAUUUUGGAGGAGGAGCUGUUUAUGCUUCCACCUGACGGGAUGCAGAUACAGAAGGGAAUGGUCUGUAAACUGCGGAAAUCCUUAUAUGGUCUCAAGCAGAGUGCCAGGUGUUGGAACACAAAACUCACUGAGACAUUGCUUUCUCUAGGUUUUCACCAGGGCAAAGCUGAUCCAUGUGUGUUUGUCAAGGAGGAGGGGCAAAACAAACUGUAUUGUUUAUGUUUUGUUGAUGAUCUUCUGAUGUUUUGGAAGAAUCAGGCUUUGUACCAAAGCACCCUAGCUCAGCUGAAGGAGCACUUUGACAUGAAGGAUCUUGGUGAGGUAUCCAACUAUCUUUCUCUGCAGGUGGAGAGGGACCAAGCAGGUAAUUUUCUGGUACACCAAACACAGAAAAUUGCUGAUGUAUUAACCAGGUUGAAUUUGGUUGAUGCAAACCCAGCAGACACACCGAUGGUGACAGGUUACCAGGUAGACAGUACUGCUGAAGCGUUUUCUGACACAACGCUGUACAGAUGCAUUCUAGGCAAGUUGAAUUUCAUUGCUAGAUGCUCAAGACCUGACAUAGCUGUAAGCUGUAACCUGCUUAGCAGACAUGCCAACAAUCCUACUGUUCAGGAUUGGAAAGCUCUGAAGCGCAUAGCCCGCUAUUUGAAAGGGACUUUGCACUACAGGCUGAGGUUCACCAGUCAGAAGACUGGAGGUCUUGAAAUCUUUGCAGAUGCAAGUUUUGGAAGUGACACCACGGAUGGUACAAGCACUUCUGGAGUAUGCUACAUGUACAACCACUGUCUGUUUGACUGGCUGUGCAAGAAGCAGACGACAGUGAGCCUAAGUUCCUGUGAAGCAGAACUCAAUGCUCUGUCAUUUUCACUCAUGGAUUGUGAAUGGUUGAUGCAACUGUUUAAGGACAUCAGAGUUUCUGUGAAAUGUCCUGUACAAGUGUAUCAAGACAAUAGAUCGUGUUUGGCUUUGCUGAACUCAGAGAGUUGCAAGCAAAGGACCAAGUACUUGCAGAUUAAGCUACAUCGUGCAAGAGAGUGUAUUCAGAAAGGACUCAUUCAGGUGUCCUACAUGCCAGGAAAUGAAAUUCCUGCUGAUCUGUUGUCUAAGGUUGUUAACAGAGAACAACUUAAGGUUUACGUACAAAGGUUGCAAUUGGGUUGAACCACAGGUACUACAGGUUACACGGAAAGGGGGAGGAUGUUAGGAUAUUUCCGUUCCACCUUAAAAGGGAGCAGGCUUUGUGAGUCAGAGUCUGCGUAUUUCCUGUUCACAGGAUGUUUAUGUUUUCUGUUGCUUUCGUUUUCUCUCUGGUGUCGCAGACACUAAAGCAGUCGGUCAUGUUUUUCUGUGUUCUGAUCAACGCUGAAUAAACUUGUAAAUAAUGCUCUCCUGGGUGCAACUUUUGCUGUGACUAUCUGCUGAUAGAGUGUGCAUGAGCUCUGGAAUGUGGCAAGAAAUCUUCUAGAAACUCAUGUCGCUAAUUGUUGAUACUGCGUGACUACGGGAGGUCGAUGGAUCGUCCGGCAGCCGGCUUGGGGGCCAUGAUGGACUUUAUCUCCCUGGCAGUAUCCCAGGCAGUAUAUGAUCAUGGGACUUGCAGGAAGUUGCCUGACACUGAGUCAUACCAUUGGUCCAUCUUCCUCAGUAUUGUCUACACUGAUUAUUGUCUAUUGCAGGGGUCAGCAAACUUUUUCAGCAGGGGGCCGGUCCACUGUCCCUCAGACCUUGUUGGGGGCCGGACUAUAUUUUGGAAAAUGUAAAAACAUGCUGGUUCCUGGACUGUCUGCGGGCCGGAUUUAGAAGGCAAUUGGGCUGGAUCCUGUCCCCGGGCCUUAGUUUGCCUACCUAUUGCAUCCCAUGUCACACCAUCAUUCACUCAUAUUGAUAUUAGUCCCAUUUCCCACGCUCCACCCCAGCAUAGUUUCUCAUAGAUCUUGCCAGAAAAUGAAAAUGAGGACAGCUUGGAUUGACAGAGGCAAUUAAACAAUUCCGGAAACCCAGCAGUCUUAAGGAUAAAAAGAGAGCAUUUCUCCUCAUUCCUUGCUGUUAAGAAGAAAGAGAAACUUAAAAGACAGUUAAAUGAAAAGCUGUGAACAUGAGACCAUGAGGAAAGCUGGCAGAUUAAAAGAAAAUCUGUCUGAGUGGAUAGGAAAUUGGUCCACCUGAUUUGAAAAAUAGUACCUUUAAGGUUCUGUGCCCCUCCAGGGCUGGAGUAGAAAUCUCCCCCUUUCAGGAGUGUAACUGGAGUGGAGAAUAGGGGCAAAUGACCCAGAUACAAGCUGGAUUGUAAAUAAGAAUGCAGAUAUCACCUUGCUGAGAGACUUGGGGCCCGUCUAGACUGGUUUCUUUUGUGGUCAUAUUCUGCAAGGGUGCAAUAAUGCAGAGGUUUAUAAGUAAACAAAAGCAGAAGUUUUUCUUUUUGUAAAACCGACUCUUAUUUAUUUGGCAGUUUUAAUGUUGUUGAUAUGCUUUUGUGGGGAUAAGAAAAUAAAAUAAAGAGAGAGAACUAUUGCUCUGAGCUUGUUGGAAGAAAGGUGGGAUAAAAAUGUGAACACACACACACACGCCUAAUCCCUGCUAGUGCUGGUUGCACCUUAACAGAAAGCGCUUUAUUUUAUUGUCUGAAAAGACUUGGAGACUGCAGUGGGGCAGGGUGGUGGAUGAGGCCAGGCAUACAAAGCAUAAUAGCCAGGUUGAGCGCGAUGCAAUUGAGUGUAAUUAGUAAAAAAUGGAGAAAGAGAUUACAUUGCUGGUGGUUAAGUAAUGAAGACCUUGAUGGGAAAGGAAGCCAUUUCUGUGCAGGAAAAAAAAACUUGCCAUAAGUGGUGACUACAGAUCGAAACUGCGGGGUAAAGUGAACAGGAGGAAACUCUCCUUGAGGUCAGAUGCAAAUGACGGCGAACAAAUGGUUGCAAAUACCGGGAGCUAACUUCAAAGCAAUCGUGGCCAUAAAUUAAGUGACUGUUGACAUUCAUAUCAAGGCAACUCUCUCCAGGCAUAAACAAGGGCAGAAAUGUCUGUGCUAAAACAAUGUAUAUGCAUGCAAUAUAUAUGCAUGCAAUAUAUGCAUGCAAAAAUUGCACCCCUCUUUCUUCAUAGCUGUGAGGGCUUCAGAUUGGUAUACAGUUGGCACUUAGAUUCUGAAUAUAUAAAAUCAGGACUGGGGUCAGAAAUAGACAUUAUGUCACUUGGAUGAGAAGGCCCUGUGACCCAGUCACUCCCUAUGUAAUGAAAUAGCCAGACAAGAUAGCAGUAUAUAGAGUUUGGGGUUCAAUUAGGCCACAACUUUACUGGUUACAGAUGUGAAGGGUUUGGCAUAGGCAUAGGCUGAAUCCGUUUAAUUGCCUCCAGCCCCUCUGCUGGAGGCAGAUUCUAUCUAAGGAUACCAUCUAUCUAGGGGUAAACCACACCAUGGCUAUCAAAUAGGACCAAUGGGUCCCAGGGCAGCUCAGCUCAGCCCCACUGCCUCCCUGCCCAUAGAAAGCCAUUCAUGCCCCCCCAUUUGUAUUGUUUUGUCAUUCUGCCAUUGAAGAAGACAAGCAUUUGGUCAAAGGACAUUUGGGGGUUUUUUGGUCAUAACUCGGUGCUUAUUGUGAACAGGAAUUUGUCUACCGUUUGCCUCUUUCACAUAUCAAGGUAUCUAUUUUUAAACUUUUGUGGGCAUCACAAAAUUUGAUAUACAUAGUUGCACAGUACAGUGGUACCUCGGGUUAAGUACUUAAUUCGUUCUGGAGGUCCGUUCUUAACCUGAAACUGUUCUUAACCUGAAGCACCACUUUAGCUAAUGGGGCCUCCUGCUGCUGCCACACCGCCAGAGCACGAUUUCUGUUCUCACCCUGAAGCAAAGUUCUUAACCCGAAGCACUAUUUCUGGGUUAGCAGAGUCUGUAGCCUGAAGUGAAUGUAACCUAAAGUGUAUGUAACCUGAGGUACCACUGUAUUUCAGAAGUCAAUAGCCACUGAUUUCUAAAUGUAACCAUUUGAAAGUUGUAUUUCUCAACAGAAUAAAGAUGUUAAAUAUUGUUAAAGGGCACUCCUGGCUGCCAUGACUGUAAUCUGUUCUUCAAUACAUUUCAACCCAACUACCUUUGUUAUUCCCAGGAAGGUGCCCAGAAAUUUGGUAUCACCUGGCCCAGUUCCUUGACUUCAGGAGUGCUGUACUCUUUACAACCAGUCAGAACCUCGCUUUUGCUACACUAUCAACUUCCUGUCUAGAUUGCUCAACGCACUAGAAAACACCCUUCAGAAUUUGUUGGUUCGUGUUCAUCUUUCGCAUGCAUUUUUCAGUAAGAUUAAAUUCUUACGAGCUUGGGAUCCCAAUAAAUUCUGACAGGCAUUGGUAAUUCUGUGAAUAAGGCGCUGGCUUGUUACAAUUUAUAAGGUUGCUGGUUUAUUAAAAACACAUAGCAUGGCUGAGUGGAUUGGUUUUACUUGGCAUAAUCAGGUCACAGAAAAUAAUGUGCAAUGAAAAUGACUGUGGGAUCACAGCGAUUAGCCGCAAUCCCCUUUAGCUGUUCUCUUCCCACCUCUCCCUCCCUCCUCCCUCCACCCCCUUUAAAAGUAUGUGCAGCUUAUAUUCCACUCCUGUACAAUGGGAACAUGGGGCUAUUUGAUAUGAUUAAGCAAAGAUUCAAAGCAGUGAGGUGCUAUCAACAUACUGAUUUACUACUACUACUACUACUAAUUAUUUGCUUGAUUUAUAUACCACCCUUUAUCAAAUGACCCCAUUAAGAACACAUUUUACAGGGAGCAUCAAUAAUAAUAAAAACAUAAUGAAAGCCUAGCAGACAGAACAAUAAUAAGAUAAUCAUAAGACCUACAUUGGCUCCCAGCAUGUUUCCAAGCACAAUUCAAAGUGCAGGUGCUGACCUUUAAACCCCUAAAUGGCCUCGGCCCAGUGUACCUGAAGGAGCGUCUCCACCCCCAUUGUUCUGCCCAGACACUGAGUUCCAGCUCCAAGGGCCUUCUGGUGGUUCCCUCACUGUGAGAAGCGAGGUUACAGGGAACCAGGCAGAGGGCCUUCUUGGUAGUGGCGCCUGCCCUGUGGAAUGCCCUCCCAACAGAUGUCAAGGAAAUAAACAACUAUCUGACUUUUAGACAUCAGAAAGCAGCCCUGUGUAGAGGAAGUUUUUAAUGUUUGAUGUUUUAUCGUUUUUUAAUAUUCUGUUGGGAGCCAAAGAUAACAACAACAACAACAAUAACAACAACAAUUUUCUUUGCCCCACAGCUUUAACAGGCCAUAGAUUAUUUCAUAUACUACAAAGGCCUCGGUAAAGAGAAAUGUAUUUGGCUGGCACCUAAAUACAUGUAAUGGUAGCUCCAGGUCAGCUGCCCUGAGGAGAGCAUUCCAGAUAAAUGCCAGGCAAAUAAUAAUAACACUAACUGAAUAAUUGCUGCUGGAAUUCUUGUUGGUGCAAAUGUUUUACUGUAACUGCUCUCACUCAUCUUCAGUUGUACAAACGGGGAAGAAUAGUGAAACAUUUCAUGGGAUUAUUAUGAGAAGAACCAAGAGACAGAUAGACUGUUGGAUGCUUUGGACAGAUCAAACCAUUACAUUUGUUUAUAUAUCUUUAUGCAUUUUUAUCCCUCCUUUCCUCCACCCAUUCUUCCAAGUAACUUGGGGUCAUAUACAGUGACUACUUGGGGUCAUAUACAGUUGUCGAACAUAAUCCAUUCCAGCAGACUGUUCAACUUCCAUUUGACAAUCGAGGCGCAAUUACUGGUCAGCAAAAUCCAUUGAAAAAAUGGAGAAACUCACCUCAGAAGCCAUUCAACUUCUGAGGCAUGUUUGAAACCGGGAGCAUUCACUUCUGGGUUGUUGGUGUUCGGGUUCCAAAUUGUUCGGGUUCUGAAGUGUUUGACAACCGAUGUUCCACUGUACAUGGUUCCUCUAAACUCAUUUUAUCUAAACUCAUAUUUAUUUGCUGCAAGAGCAAAGUGAUGUAGGUUCGGCUGAGAGAGAGAGGAAUUGUCUCAAGUUAUCCAGGGACCUUCCUUGCUGAGUGGGGAUUUGAACCCUAGGUCUCUCUGGUACAGCACUGACACCAUAUUACUUCCUAUAGUACUGCAGGAGUACUGCAUUACAAAAUUUAGAGAAGUGCAUUUUUGAAGGAUGGCUGUGUUGCAAUUUCAGCAUUGUUUCAAAAACUGCAAAUUAGAAAAGCCCACCUGUUAAAUGUGAGUUGAAUUUAUCCACCAUCCCUAACUGAGGGCAAAUUCAGGAAGCAUUUUCUUCCCUCUGAAUGGGCAAAUAUUUUUGCCCGGUCAAACUUAUCCCUGAAAACAAGCAUACUUUUCAGUUCUGCUAUAUAUAUUUGGGAAAAUAUAUUUCUUUCCGCUCAGAUGCAAUUUUAAAGCCCAUUAUAAAAUAUCGCUACUCCCACUACUGUAGCUGCAUUAAUAUGGUGGGUUAGAAUGGAAACAAAUAAAGGUUUUUCAUUUUUUUUCCGUCUUGUGUAUAUAAGAAAGGUGUCAUUAUAUUGCUUUUUGACCAAACAGUAUAAAUAUAUCCAAAUAACACCCACCUACAAUAGUUUCUCCCAAUUUUAUCACAGAAUCUUUGUAAUCUUACAAAUGAGGACCAUUAAUUCAAAGCCUUGUGUCUAUGAAUUUUAGUGAAUUUUAUGAAAACCAGGUUUCUUUGAAGUUAGAAAGCAUCAUGUAGCCAUUACUGCAUAGAGUACAAAAUUAGAGGAAGGAGACUUUGCUGGAACAAUGAUAACAUAACAGUUCUGUGCGGACCUUAGAUGUCUAUUAAUAUCUGAAACUACUUACACCCCCAUAUAUUCUAAAUAUAUGUACACGAGCUCCUACUUUCAGCAGAGAUAAUGAGAUUCGACAGGGAAGGAGAGUGAUGAAGAAACUAAAGCAAAAGCAAACUUGCAGCAAACCCUGAAUAUUUGGCAUGGCUUGCACAACAAGGAAGAUGAGCUUUCAGAUAUUAUUUCUACCCGAGUGCCAGGGACAUCUGCCGUGGUGGUUAGGGCUCAUUCCAAGUGGCAGGACUGCUGAGGAGCCAUGGGAGCGUGGCCAGUGAGGUCGCAGGAGUGUGUCUAGCUCGUCUUGUUUUCUCCCCAUCCACCUCCCUUGAAAAGAUCCCAUUGGCACUCAAGCACUGCAGUUGUGCAAAUCCUUAGCACCUAACAAACUGAGAAGUGUGUUACUUUGAUUCAGAAGGGGUCCCUGAUGUCACACACACACACACAAGAUAGUGUGUGAUGUUACACACACACGAGAGAGAGAGAGAGAGAGAGAGAGAGAGAGAGAGAUCUAAGCAUUAUUAUUAUUAUUAUUAUUAUUAUUAUUAUUUAUACCCCACCCAUCUGGCUGGGUUUCCCCAGCCACUCGGGGCAGCUUCCAACAAAAUAUUAAAAUACAAUAGUCCGUCAAACUUUAAAAGCUUCCCUAAACAGGGCUGCCUUCUAAAAGUCUGGUAGUUGUUUUUCUCUUUGACAUCUGGUGGGAGUGCGUUCUACAGGGUGGGUGCCACUACCAAGAAGGCCCUCUGCCUGGUUCCCUGUGACUUGGCUUCUCGCAGUGAGGGAAUCACCAGAAGGCCCUCGACGCUGGACCUCAGUGUCCGGGCAGAACGAUGGGGGUGGAGACGCUCCUUCUGUGUGAAUAAUGUGAAUAUUCACCUUACAGAGGUGCCACGCGGACUUUAUGAACCAUGUUGGUAGGGUAACAAACAAGCUGGGUCCUACAUAUGAUUACAAGGGAGCUUGGGGCAGGGAGUACUGCAGGGAUUGCCAACAUGGUGCUCUCCACGCUGUCCUCUCCCCACAAUAGAAUGAAGCUUGAAGCAUCCUAUUGUAGUCCAAAGAACAGGUUGCAGCGUGUGCUUGACUGUGGUGUCUCCAUGUGCGGGGCAUUCAAGAGUUGCUGCAGUUUGCCCAUGGGCCCCAAAUGGCUGAUGAAGCCAGGUGUACUAAGCCGAGGCUUUGUGCAAGGUGUUGCAAGGAGGAAAUGGCCUGAUAGACUCUGAGAUGGAGAACUUGUUAUAAGACUACAUAGCAUCAUGCAGCAAAAUACAUCAAGGUAGGAUAAAUAAUGUACCCACAAGAAAAUGUUACUAUAUUCCUCUUACGCUGGAGGCUACAAUUAGAAAAAAAAAUAGCAGCAGUGCACAGAAGCUUAGGAACAGCACAGUGCCUGUUAAGAUCUUAUCAGUCCUUGAAAGAAUAUAGAUGACAAGAGAAAAGCUGCAAAUCCCGCCUCAGUAGCACUAGGCAUUUUAUUGUAUUGAUGUAUGUGCUUUGGAUAGCCAUCUUAAACGUGGCGGGUAUUGAUCCACAGCAAUACCUUGCUCAGAAUGCAUAUGAACCUGAAAUUGUGCGCUUAUUGUUUCUUUCAGAGUCUAGUACGUCAAGAGCGCCUGUCUCCCACCAGCACACCGUUAUGUUGCUCUACUGAUUUAAUAAGGUCAGAGUUUACUUCUUGAGUUUAGGAAUAAUGGGGACUGUAUUUUCUUACUUGUAUUAAAGGAAAUUGAGCACUUGGUGAUACCCUAACAUUAACCCUCCAGGAGAGAUACGUUUAAACAGGCCAGUCGUGUUUCUGUUUCCUCAGAGGUUCCGCUGAAGGAAUUCUGCAUUGCGCUAUGUUGAAACUUCCAUCAGUGCAAGUUUUUCCAUUCGCUGGGCAGAAUGAUCUCCCUGUUCUGGGGGUUCCCCUGAGCCCCCCACAGCACAUUUGGAAAGUGUGGGGGCAUGCAGAGGGGGUAGGAGGAGGAAAGCCCCAUUCCACCAACAGAACUUGUGUAGGCCUUCUGCUGAUGGGAUUUGUUAGGUGAAUCCUGUCCACUGUAUUCAGUAGGUGUGAUGCCCUGGGAAUCCGAUUCAGAGGCUGAACCGGAGGGAUCCCAGCCUGCACAGCAGUCCCUGCCUCCAGGGCCGGCUGAGCUGGGGCAGGGCCUUGUAUCUGAAGCGCCUGCACCUGUGCUGGAUCCUCAGGAGCAGGCACCAGGUGAAUCCACUCUGGCUCCAGGGGUGAUUGAGGACACAUUGCCUACAGGUGCACCUCUCCCAGCCCUGUCAGGGGAAGGUGAGUCUCCCCCUGGGUCCAGUAACCCUCCAGCCUCUCCUGAGCUGCAGAGGCUCAGAGCAGAGAGGCGGAGGGAACUGGUUUCUCCCAGGAGGAGUGCUCGCCUUAAGGCCAGGAGAGGCGGGUCACCUGGGGGCCAGGACUGUCCCUGGCCUCAGAGAAGAUAAAGGCCAGUCAGCCCGGUCCCAGGUUGCGGGAGCAACGUCGCUGAAGACCUGUUUUGGCCAGCACCCAGACCUGUUCUUCCAGAGUUCCCGUCCUUGCCCGGCUCCUCGCUUUGGACCCCGCUUCAUCUACAGACCCUCGACCCAGGUCCCUGACCACGCCUCACAGUAACCUCCCCCCGGGACCAGCACAGUAGGGCUUACUCUCAGGUAAGAGUAACCUGCACAGGGUUGCAGCCUAAGCGAAAAAGUGUUUCAUAUUGUGUGUUGCCGUGGCAAGUUCAGAGGAAGCUGUAAAUGAACAGCACACACAUAAUAUGCAUGACUUUAUCUCCUUAUUUACAAACUAGCAAACUGGCGGUCAAUAUGAUUGAUGCUAUUUUUGUUCUCCCAUUAAAAAACAUAUAUUCCUCCUUGACCUGCAUCUCUUUUGGUUCUGCUUCUCUUGGCGCAUUUUGGAACUGAUGUUAUAGCAAGCCAGGGUAGGCAGGGAUUACUACAGCUUCUCAGACUGUCAGGGUGCGGCAAGUGAGCAUUAAGAUCCCUGGCAUUCAAGCUUGCUGUGACAUCAGAGCAGGUCAGCCAAUGGCCUUGGGAGAUUUAAACUGUGAGAUUACAUUCAGGGCUGGCCCUGCCUCCCAUAUGGAAAGGGACUUGACUGGGAGUUGAAUCUUACUUGCUGGCAACAGGAUAGCAUGCCAAAAGCGGGCUAGUUUAUGCGGUGAACUCACAAUGAAUGCCUCCCUUGCUCUCUGUUAAUGGCAAUGGUGCCCACCUGAGAGGUACAGGAACUGAAAUCCAGUGAGUUCUAACUGCAAAAAAAGCCCUGCAUUUAUGGGUGCAGGCAGGCCAGACGGGUGCUGCUUCCUCACAUAACAUCAGCUCCCUGAGGUGGUUGUUUCACCCUGAGCAAUGCUAGGGCCAACCCUGGCUGCAUUUCUUGUACAUGUUGAACUUUUUAAUGACACCUUGGGUUUGCAGAUGGAUCGAGCAGUUUCAAGGUUGUUGUUUUUUCUAAAAAUGAAAUGUUUAAACAUAUAAGAAAACAGAUGGCACUUGCUAACUGGUUGAGCAGCAUACCCGAGACACAGUUACCCAACAAAAUCAGACAGUGGAUGCUCAGAAUCAGCUAGACUACCAGAAUCAUUUGGAGAGAACAGUUCGACCUCCCUUAAUUUGGGUGUGUGUUCAUUGGUCCCUUUAUUUAUUUACCACUUAAUUCCAAACUAAGCUUUUAAGCAGUUUUCCAGUGUGAAAACCAAUUAUGAAAGCAUUAAAACAUACACAAUAAAACAUCAAAAGCUAAAACAUCAAAAUAUCAUCUUCUGAGGCCCUCCUUCAUGUGCCUCCUCCUCAAGAAGCCUGGAGGGUGGCAACCCGAGAACGGGCCUUCUCUGCAGUGGAAUGCUCUCCCCAGGGAAGUGCGCCUGGCACCUUCAUUAUACACCUUUAGGCACCAGGCAGAAACAUUCCUUUUUACCCAGGAUUUUGGUUGAUUUGAAUGACAUCCUUUGCCAUUUUAAAAUGUGGGGUUUGGGGGGGGUUAUUGGGUUGUUGUUUUUAUUUUGAUUAUGCAUUUUGUGGUUUUAUAUUUUGAUUUUAUUUUGUGAACUGCCCUGAGACCUUCUGGUAUAUGGCGGUAUAUUAUUAUUAUUAUUAUUAAUAAUAAUAAUAAUAAUAAUAAUUAAUAAUAAACAUCAAUAACUAUCUGUGGCCUUUUAGAGUGGUAUGGUGUUUUUAAUAUAUAUUUAAUGUAUUAUUUUAUUUUUUAAAAAAGCUAUGUGUUUUAAUGUAUUUUAAUAUAUCUAUGCAGGGUUUUGUUUAUUUUGGGGGUUUUGGUUGUAAGUUGCUUUGUGUUGCCUUGGCCAGUAAAAGCAACCAACAAAUUCAGUUAAUAAUAAUAGUAACAUCCGUUCCGGAAGUCCGUUCUUAAACCAAAACCCUUCUUAAACCGAGGCGUGCUUUCCCUAAUGAGGCCUCCCGCCGCUGGUGCCCUUCUGCUGUUUGGAUUCUGUUCUUAGACUGAGGUAAAGUUCGCAGACUGGGACACUACUUCAGGUUUUGUGGAGUUCGUAAACCAAAUAGUUCUUAAACAGGGCUGUUCUUAAAUGGAGGUACCACUGUAUAUAUAUAUAUAGAGAGAGAGAGAGUGCAUGCAUCAGUAUUUUUAACAUCAGUAUUUCAGAAUGUUAUGCACCUGCAAAGAAGAAAGAUAGGAUUCUGCCAGCCAAAUGGAUAAUGUUGGCAGGGAAUAUCCCGUGCUAGGUACAAAUUUAGUACACCUGCAUCUGUCAAGCAGUGAUGGUUGGAAGGCGUGUCAUCUUCCAACCCUAUGUUUUUUACUAUCUUCAUGGAACAGCAAUGGGAGGCACAGAUAGUUCCCAUUGGGAUGCACCAAAUGGAAUAUUGGUUCAGCUGCUGCCAGGGCAAGAUCUGUAACUGGAAUGGGUGUCGACGCUUGCUUUGGCAAGCCCUAGUGAAAUAACCAGAUGAGGGGCAUCCAGUUGGAGAAAGCCAAUCAAUUGCCUGUAAUCAGCAGCAGCAAGGGAAGACUUCAUAGAUCAGAACAAUGCCAGUUAUAACUAAAGGAGGAAUAAGCAUCCUGUUAUCAUCAUGGCUGUUACAUAAGACCUGCAAUUUUGGUUUUGGGUGUUGUAGCAGCAGAGAAAGAAUCUAUGCUUGAUUCUUGAUAUAUAUAUCCCCACAGGAAUUCUUGAUAUAUAUCCCCACAGGAAAAGGCCAAAAUAAAUUGUUUGGUUCUGUUGUUUGAAAGGGAACAAAGCAGCUAUUGUUUGACCCUGAGCAGACCCUGUCCUAAAAAUCCAACCAAGCUCCUUUUGUGCUAGGCAGAUGCUUCAUUUUCUGAAUAAAGAACUCAUGCUUGGCACACUCUAACAUCUAGAUUUUUUUGCAUUAUACAGCAAACAGUCGGUUGCAAAAAAAAAAAAGGGUGAAAGAUGAAAGACAGAUGUGGUACAAUUGUAGGUUCACAUAAAGCCAGUUUCUCAUAUUUCUGAUAGAUGAGAUUCAAUUUUUCCCUCUACUAAAUGGGAUAGUUCACUCUUACACCUGAAAUGAUUUAACUUUGAGAACUCUGUGCAUGAAUGUGUAGCUUGCAAAAAGGUAAAGGUAAACGGACCCCUGACCAUUAGGUCCAGUCAUGGCCAACUCUGGGGUUGUGGCGCUCAUCUCGCUUUAUUGGCCGAGGGAGCUGGCAUACAGCUUCCGGGUCAUGUGGCCAGCAUGACUAAGCCGCCUCUGGUGAACCAGAGCAGCGCAUGGAAACGCUGUUUACCUUCCCGCCACAGCGGUACCUAUUUAUCUACUUGCACUUUGACGUGCUUUCAAACUGCUAGGUUGGCAGGAGCAGGGACUGAGCAACAGGAGCUCACCCCGUCACGGGGAUUUGAACCACCGACCUUCUGAUCAGCAAGUCCUAGGCUCUGUGGUUUAACCCACAGUGCCACCCACGUCCCAUGUAGCUUGCCUGCUCAGCCUAAAACGACUUUGAUGUUUUGCGAACUCUUUGCCAUUGAAAUUAGACGUUCAACUCACUGAGAGAUUUUAUUGUUGUUCAGUGUCUGGUUACAUAUUUGGAAAUGUGAUAGUAAUAACAUUUAUGCUUUUUGUUUUGUUUUUGCCCUUUAAGCAUUUGGAAACACUAUUCAUAUGAAGCUUUCACAUCAGAACUUUUCAUUGGCCCUCCUGUACUCCAUUGUCAAGGUCAGGCCCUGAUUUAGCACUCCUAGUGCUUCAACUCAGUUAGACAAAAAGUGGAAAGUUGUGCUUCGUCAACAAACUGACGGUAAUGCACUCUAAAUCUCUGAAUUAUUUCAUUUGAUUGUUUUGCACAGGCAAAGACGUAUAGGGGAUAAGACAGAAUCCUGUGAGACCCUGAUAUAUAAAUGUCAUGGGAAGUCUCCAAUGCUUCUGGAUGUGUCUUUUUGACAUUUUUACUUGGGAGUGGUGUGGGCUAAUGGACAAUAGAUGCAACAUACGCCCACUUGACCGUUACAGUGCCACAUUAUACCCAUUCUGCAUUUGUAAGAAAUUGAUCUUUUAGUUUGGCAGCACCUACACUUUGGAACUCCCCGGCUAUUGAUAUCAGACAAGUACCUUAACUAUACUCUUUUGGCACCUGCUAAAAGCAUUUUUCCUUAGACAAGCUUACCCAGAUAUCUAGAAUGCGGAUGUGUUUUCAGUUUAAUUUUUUGAAUGUUUUAAAUAGUUGUUUUAAUUGCUUUUACCAAUAAUUUAAUUGUUUUAUUCUUUUUGUACUCUGCUCUGAAGUUUAUAAAUCAAGUGGUAUAUAAACCUUAUUUAAAAAUAUGAAAUAAUUGUUAAGACAUAGUUAGCAGAUUACUGUGAAUGAGCAGAUAGCUCCCACUUUGCUCUGAGUGAGGACAAUUUUGGCUUUACAUUAUGUCCUGUCUAGAGAUUGAGUUUUGCGUCAUUCACCAUGAUCAAACCUUGGCUUCAAACCAUGGUUUGUUUGGAGCAAAACAAAAACUCGGUUCCUUUUUUCGUGUUACACCCUAAGACAAGGCUCAUGGUUUGUUGUUCCUGCUCCUACUAGAGGAGGAGCAAAAUAGGAGCAAACUGUGUGUUACAGUAAACCAUUAACCAUGAUUUUCCAUGACAAACAAAUGCUAGGCGUGUGUUAAUUGUCUGACCGCAAUUAACAUGUUUUCUUUGUCUUAAAAAUAGCAGCUGCAGAUGGGAGAUAUUGAAACUAGGACCUAGGCAGAUUUUUAAAAAUCCCUUUCUGCUGUGUUAUAGUCCCAAAGAAAACUGCCCCUCCCAUCAAUUUAUAUACCACUAAAUCAUUAGGGGGAAAUAUUCCCAAAGAAAUAUACAUAAAACUCACAUAAAAUCAAAGGUAAAAACAUAAAAAGGCAAAGAUCAGAGGAACAUAAAACUGGGUCACAAGGCAGGGUAAGCUUGUGUAAAUAAUAACUUUUUAAAGAUAGUAUCUAAAAUUAAACACGGAAGAUGCCUACAUAAUGUACAAAGGCAAUUAAAUCCACAAUGUAGGUGCUGUUAUACCAUGUGUCCAAAUUUUCAAGGCCACCAAACAGAUAUCAAAAAGGACAGUUCACAGUGCUUCUUCAGCAGAUCUCAAAAAAUGGGAAGGUAUGGAGAAAUAAUAAUAAUAAUAAUAAUUUAUUAUUUGUACCCUGCCCAUCUGGCUGGGUCUCCCCAGCCACUCUGGGCGGCUUCCAACAAAGAUUAAAAAUACAUUAAAGGCUUUCAGAUAGGCUAGUCCCAAGUUGCUUAGGGCUUUAUAUAUCGACACCUUAAAAUUGGCACAGUAUCACAUUGGGAGCCCAUGUAGAUACUUCAGCAGCUGUGCUACAUUCUAUUUAUAACCUCCAGACAACAGCUGGACUGCUGCAUUGUGCACCAGUUAUAAUAGCUUCUCAACCAGCCUUAAGGGGAGUUUCCUAGACACACGUGUGCAUGAGGACAUACGGUGAGUCUGGAUUAGGCCAGUGGCCCAUCUUGUCCAACGUCCUGCCCUCACAGUGGCCAACCAGAUGCUUGUGGGAAAUGCACAAGCAGGAACCAAGCGUAAGAACAGUCUGCCCACCUGCAGUUUCAAGCAACCAGUUUCCCCAAAACAUGACUGCCUCUAACAGUGUAGACAGAGCAUCGCUAUAAUUGGCUCCCAGUACGUUUCCGAGCACAAUUCAAAGUGUUGGUGUUGACCUUUAAAGCCCUAAAUGGCCUUGGCCCAGUAUACCUGAAGGAGCGUCUCCACCCCUAUCGUUCUGCCCGGACACUGAGGUCCAGCGCUGAGGGCCUUCUGGCGGUUCCCUCAUUGCGAGAAGCAAAGCUACAGGGAACCAGGCAGAGGGCCUUCUCGGUAGUGGCGCCCACCCUGUGGAAUGCCCUCCCAUCAGAUGUCAAAGAGAUAAACAACUACCUGACAUUUAGAAGACAUCUGAAGGCAGCCCUGUUCAGGGAAGUUUUUAAUGUGUGACAUUUUAAUGUAUUUUUCAUCUUUGUUGGAAGCCAGCCAGAGUGGCUUGGGAAACCCAGCCAGAUGGGCAGCGUACAAAUAAAUAAUAAUAAUAAUAAUAAUAAUAAUAAUAAUUAAUAAUGUCUAGAAGUCAUUGAUAACGUUAUGCUCCAUGAAUCUGUCUAAACCUCUUUUAAAAAUAAAAAUAAUAAAUUUUAUUUAUACCCCGCCCUCCUCGGCCAAAGCCGGACUCAGGGCGGCUAACACCAGUAAAAUCACAAUAAAAACAUAAUAGGGGAGAAAAAAACCCCAAUUUAAAAUACGGGUUAAAAUACAAUUUAAAAUGCAGCCGUGUUUUAAUAGUAGCCCAUAGUUCAAAACCAUAAGGGGAGGGAAACAUAAGGGUCAGACUGAGUCCAAAUCAAAGGCCAGGCAGAACAGCUCUGUCUUGCAGACCCUGCGGAAAGAUGUCAAGUCCCGCAGGGCCCUAGUCUCUUGUGACAGAGCGUUCCACCACGUUGGGGCCAGUACUGAAAAGGCCCUGGCCCUAGUUGAGACCAAUCUAACCACCUUGCGACUUGGGACCUCCAAAGUGUGGUCAUUUGUGGACCUAAAGGUCCUCCGUGGGGCAUACCAGGAGAGGCGGUCCCGUAGGUACGUGGGUCCUAGGCCCAUCAAAUCUGGGGCCUAUCACUGCCUCUGGUGGGAGUGAGUUUCAUUGUUUAACUAUAUGAUUGGGCAAAGUACUUUCUUAUAUCUGCCCUGAAACUUCCAACGUUCAGCUUUAUUAGUAGAUGCCCACAAAUUCUAGUGUCACGAAAGAGGGAGGAAAACUUCUCUAUCCACAAUGCAGAAUUUUAUAAACUUCUAUCAGGCUACCUCUUACUUGCUCUUCCCCUAAAGUCCCAAAUACUGAAACCUUUCCUCAUAAGGAAAUUGCUCGACCCUUCUGGCCAUAUUGGUUGCCCCUUUCUGAACCUUCUCCAACUCUACAAUAUCCUUUUUGACCAGAGAUUAUACCCAGUAUUUCAAAUACAACCGCACCAUAGAUUUGUAUAUCAGUAUUAUGAUAUUGGCAGUUUUAAUUUUCGGUUCAUUUCCAAAGGACCCUAGCAUGGAAUUUGUCUCUUUUCACCGCUGCUGCACACUGGGCUGACAUCUUCAUUGAGUUAUCUACUAUGACCCCAAGGUCUCAUUCCUGGUACAUCACUGUCAAUUCAGACCCCAUGAGCGUAUAUGUGAAAUUAAGAUUUUUUUUUGCCCUGACAGGCAUCGCUUUAUACUAGUUUAUGCUGAAUUGCCUUUGCCAUUUUACCACCUUUUCGCUCAGGUUGGAGAGGUCCUUUGGGAGCACUUCACAGUUUCUUUUUGUUUUAAGAACCCUGAACAAUUUAGUAUCAUCAACAGACUUUGCUUUCUCACUGCUCACCUCAACUCCAACGUUAAAUAAGAAUAUUAUUCAACCAUUUCAUUCCUCUUAUUGUUGGGGUGGGGAAUCAAAAUAAUCUAAAUAAAUAUAAGCAUGUCAUAGUCUCCAAGACUGGUAUAAUGCCUUAAAUAUUUUUCUUCCCAAACAAAUUGUUUGCAUAUCAUGGUUUGGAUUGCUUUUUCUGCCAUUCCUCUAAGAUAAUCAUUGGUUUGCACACACACAUUACUUUCAGCCUGUUUGUUUUGGAACAGUUUCAUUCAUUUUUAAACUGUUGACUAUACUAAAUAAAGAGAUGUUUUUUUGCUUUUACCAUAUUAUUAGUUUAUUUCCUCCCUCCCAACUUUAAUUUGCUUCUUAAUGGCAUGCUGUGAUCUUUUGACAGUAUUAUAAUUUUCCUUAUGUACGUUAUCUUCGUCUGAGUGGUCUUUUUUUCCCUUUCAGAAAAUCUGAAAUGAAUGCUUUUUGCUCUUUGUGGCAGAUUUCCCAUUAUAAAACAAAGCUUUGUUUUCAAAUGGUUUAUAAUCCUCACUAGAAUAUUUUGCAUUGCACUAUGGCUUGCAAGCAGAACAUAACAUGAAGAUUUUGGGAAGUGGGGCUGAAUUGCAUUCCAAAACAAAUAUACGGGGAAAUUUAAUUCAUUCUCUUGCCUGCAAAAACUGUGUGUUUAUCCACAACAUUUAGAAGUCUUUGUCUGCAAUCCCAUACACACAUAUCUGGGAUUGGAAGUAAAUCCCAUAGAGCUAUCUUACUUUUGCAUUGUCUAUUUUCUGUUCUGUUCUUGGUAAAUACAGUGGUACCUCGGGUUAAGAACUUAAUUCGUUCUGGAGGUCUGUUCUUAACCUGAAACUGUUCUUAUCCUGAAGCACCAUUUUAGCUAAUGGGGCCUCCUGCUGCUGCAGUGCCGCCGUUGCGCGAUUUCUGUUCUCAUCCUGAAGCAAAAUUCUUAACCUGAGGUACUAUUUCUGGGUUAGCGGAGUCUGUAACCUGAAGCGUCUGUAACCCGAGGUACUGUACCACUGUAGCCACAUCUUUAUAUGUAUGUCCUGUCCAGGGCUGGCCUGCCCAUGAGGAGGGGUGAAGCAGCUGCCUUGGGUGACAGAAUCCUGUGGGGCAGUGCCCCGGCAGGUGCCCCACUCUCCCCUGCCACCACCAUGUGGCCCCAGUAAUCAAGGCUUUGGGGUGCAGGGGGGCAGAAGUGGGGCAAGGGUGAAACUGUGGUUCAGCAGUCAAAAAUGAUGUUGGUGAUUCUGCGAAUGGGGCCAAGCACUACUAUUUAUUCCACAUUAGGUAAUCUAAGGACACCUCUAGACUGGCACUGUUUUCAGGUGAGAUUCAAUCACAUAUUGGCAAAUUCAGGUUGUGCAAUUAGAGUUGAUUUGAAGCUCCCAUGCAGCAAUGGGGAAAUAUACUGGAAAGCGAGCAAUAACCUUUUCUUCACACAAUGUCAUCCGACCUCUUCACAAACAAACCAGAAUGGACGCUCAAUAAAGAGCUGACAUUGUCUAACCACCCCACAUACUUUGUGCAAACAAAUCAGGAUGAAUUCUCAGUAAGCAGGUUGCCUGGAAAUAACCUAAGAUAAAAGAAGACCCCAUUGUGAAGUCUUAAACAUAGCCAUCAUUUUCUGCAUAGCUAGUUUUGCACUGCAUUACUUCUUCUUUUGACUACUGUGCUAUGUGACUCUGUAGAAAUAUCAUGUUGCGUAUUAAUUAAAUACUAGUUUGGCAUAACUGGGAAAGCUGGAUAAAAUAGAACAGGCUCUGAUUUGGCAAAAUUGGAUGUUAUGGAGUUUUUACAGCUCGAGGAGUUUUCAGAGAUGAAAAAUUAAAGUUAGCAUAUCACAUUAAAAAAACAAAACCAUAUCAUGUUAUGUAUAACAUAUGAUACAAUACCAUACAGAACAAUGAAAUUAAAAAAUCUACAUAAAACGUUCAAAACCCCCUAAAAACUCUGAAACCCCAUUUUAAAAUACAAUAUACUAUAGAGACUUCUUAUGCUGCGUUUAGAACCAGAAUUGCAUUUGCGUAGAAACUGUUUCUCAGGUGGCUAGACCUGGUCUUUAUAACCCUAUACCUUCUUCCAGAAGGCAGAAGCUGAAAGAGAUCAUUUCUGGGGUGCGUACUAUCCUGCGCUAUCUCUGCAGCUUUCUUAUGGCACCUGACAGCAUAGAUUUGAUCCAAGGUGGGAAGAGUGCACCCAGUUAUUCUCUCUGCAGUCUUUACAACCCUGGACAGCAUUGUUUUUUCCCUGGCCGUGCAGCUCCCAAACCACACACACAGACCAUAAGUUAAUACACUCUCCACAGUACAAUAACAUAAGCUGUGUCUUUGGGUUAGCAAAGAUGCAGGCUAUAAAAUAUCCCUUUUGGAGAUGUUCAGUUAACUUACAGCAUUUGCUGAGUUGGGAGCCAAAGCUGCAUGGCUCCUUCUUUGCUUGUUCCAGGAAGCACAAAUAAAAAGGGUUGAAGGAGAAUGGGAUGGAGGAAACAAAGGCAGCUAAAGUACACACCCCCAAUGGCAACCUGAGCUCAGGUUAACCCUUUCAUGCAUGCAAAUGUGAAUCAAUAACUGUAUAUUAUAACAGUGUCUUCCUGGUUUUAGAUUUUGAAAUACAGACAGAUUUUGUGGUCAUGAAUCUCUUGGGUCACAUGCAAAGCCUAACACACACAAGUAAUGUAGUCCCCAACAUCCUGAAGUCAAAAUAUCUGAUGCAAAGACUGCUUUUGUCAGGCACACAAGUCAGCUUAUUUCUGCAUAGCUCAGUAGUUGUACCAAUUCGUUAAAAAUUUGCACAGAAUUGGGAAGGUUGGGAUUAUGUAGUGCAGGGAUUUGAGGAUUCUAUUUGAGGAGACUGGAGUUGUGUCUUUGCUUGCCUGUCUUCUGAAUCAACAGACGACUAUUUCAGCAUUGGUAAACAUGUAUUAGGGAGCCAACAAGAACUAGUAUUGUUUACCUUCUCAAAUGGAUGAAUCAUCUUUGUUAAUAGAUGGAACAGCACAAAUCAUGAAGCUUUGUUUGGCACAUAAUUAGAUAUUUAGAGUAUGUUUUUGCCUAGGCAUAAUAAAAAUGAUGACAACCCAUGGAGAACUUUUGUCAGGCAGCAGAUUUUCCGAAGGACAAUGACUAUAAUUAUUGUGAAUGGGCAAAGACUUUUGGAAAGGGCUCCAGCAGAACCCCAUUGAAAUAAAGGAAAGCUGCAUACUUUCAGUGGGGCUUGUACAAGAAAAUUUCUAGGAAGGUUCAGCCCAGGAUAUUUGCUUUGGUGUUGCCACUGGCUCCUAUGUAGCUCAGCACACAAGACUCAGAGUGCAGCAGUGUAUUUUAAUUCUUUAUUCAGAAAAACGGAUUACAGCUUGGCAAUACUACCUGGCUGAACUAGCACAACUUAGAUUGCACUAACCUAAGAUGGCGGCGCAAGCACUUGCAGCGGCUCGGCACUCCGAAGACCGGUAUUCAGUGAUUUGUGUUUUAUUUUUACUUGUGAACUUAUUGCUGCUAGGGACUGUGAAUACUCAGGCACAAGUAAUUUAUAGUCGUCAAGAGCUCUUAAGUAUCGGCAGAGGAGAAGGUUGCAGCCAGGAGGUCUCAACCUAUAACAUUCCAGCUGAGCUUAUCAGAGAGCCUCCAUAUUUUGCACAUUCUUGGGAUACUCCCCUUGCUCUCCUUGCCAGAAAGAAAAGAAAACGGAGGGGGCGCAAGCAGAAGAGGGGUUGCAGGGCUGGUCUACGAGUGAGGCUAGGUAAAAAUCCCCACAAGCCUACAUUGCCAAGUCUCCUUGUAUCAAAUGUGAGAUCCUUACCCAACAAGGUAGAGGAGUUGGAACUUAUUACCUCUCGGCAGAAAAGUAUCCGGGACUGCUGUGUUAUGGUCCUUCUAGAGACGUGGCUGGAUCCCUCCUUUCCACAGGGACUUCUGCAGCUAGAAGGACGCUCAGUAAUUAGAGCGGAUAGAACCGCCGAAUCCGGGAAGAGCAGAGGAGGAGGAAUUUGCGUUUAUAUAAAUAACAACUGGAGCUCGGACAUCAAACAAAUGGACACGCAUUGCUCUCCUGACUUGGAGUACCUAGUGGUGAAGUGCCGCCUUUGUAUUUGCCACGUGAGUUUAAUGUUGUUAUAAUAACAGCGGUGUAUAUACCUCCCGAUGCAAACACUACUACAGCUAUGGGCCACCUGCUAACUGCUAUUAGCAGACAGCAGCGGGCCCACCCGGAUGGAGCAUUUGUGGUUGCUGGUGAUUUUAACCGAGCCGAUUUAAGAACUGUGCUCCCUAAGUUCCACCAGUAUGUUGAUUGUCCCACUAGGGGGGGAAAUACCCUGGACCGAGUAUAUAGUAACAUCAUGCAUGGAUACAAGACCAAGCCCUUGCCCAAUUUGGGGCAGUCAGACCACAUAUCUUUACUUAUGAUACCAUCAUAUAGACCUCUCGUACGCAGAAUUAGACCAUCAACUAGAGAGAUACGAGUGUGGCCAGUAGGUGCAUCUGAGCAACUUCAAGAUUGCUUCGGAGCACCGAGUGGUCGCUCUUGUGGAGAAUAAUGUGGACACAUACGCUUCAACAGUACUGUUCUACGUUAAAAGCUGCAUUGAUGUUGUCACUACCACCAAACAAAUACGGGUGUUCUCUAACAACAAGCCCUGGCUAAACAGGGAUGUGUAUCUUCUGUUAAAGGCAAGAAAUGCUGCUUUUCACUCUGGUGAUGCGCAACAGUAUAGAGAAGCCAGAGCCAAAUUGAAAAAGGGCAUUAGGAACGCCAAAGCUAUGUACUGCCGGAGGAUCGAAAACAUUUUGAGAGCUCCGACCCUCGUCGAGUAUGGCAAGGCCUGCGACAAAUUACAGGGCAAAAUAUUAAAAACGAACUGGCUAGCAGCAGUGCGCACCUGGCUGAUCAACUGAAUCAAUUUUUUAGUCGCCUUGAGGUGGGAACUGGAACUACCGUCACUACAGCAUUGGCUACCAGCACAUCAUCAGAAACUACUACUGAUAGACAACCAUUUUUAUUACAGACCUGUGACGUACAACGUGCCUUUCGGAGCAUUGACAUUAGGAAGGCAGCUGGACCGGAUGGAAUCAUGGGACGGGCUAUUAGGGACUGCGCUGCAGAAUUAGCUGGUGUGUUUACGGACAUUUUUAAUCUAUCCCUGUUGCAGGGUUCUGUCCCUACCUGCCUGAAGACAUCGAUUAUAGUGCCAGUCCCCAAGCAGUCAGUGGUGGUAUCUCUCAAUGACUAUAGACCAAUAGCCUUAACAUCUGUCGUUAUGAAAUGUUUUGAGAGAUUGGUGCUAGAUCAUAUUAAGGCUGGUCUUCCAUCCACUCUAGACCCGUUCCAGUUUGCAUACAGAAGAAAUAGAUCUACUGAUGAUGCUAUUUCCAUCGCUGUCCAUACUGUACUGAGUCAUCUAGAACGACAGGGAACCUACGCAAGGCUGUUGUUUGUGGACUACAGUUCUGCCUUCAAUACAAUUCUGCCAGACAGGUUAUUUCUUAAAAUGACCAAUUUGGGUAUACAUCAGAAGAUCUGUCUGUGGGUAAGGAAUUUCCUGACUGAUAGGCCGCAGACAGUGAGAAUGGGCCCUUACUAUUCUUCUACUCUAGUAUUAAGCACAGGAGCCCUCAGGGAUGUGUGCUAAGUCCCUUUCUCUAUUCCCUGUACACAUUUGAUUGCACCCCACUGUAUGAGUCCAACACAAUCAUCAAAUUUGCGGAUGAUACAACAGUGGUGGGGCUCAUUAGUGAGAACGAUGAGACUGCUUAUAGGAAAGAAGUACAGGGGUUAAUUCAAUGGUGUAAAGAAAACAAUCUUAUGCUUAACACCAAAAACCAAAGAACUCAUAAUUGACUUUAGGAGAAAGAAAAGCGUAUUUUUACCAUUGCACAUAAAUGGCGAGGAGGUGGAGAGGGUUGGUAGUUUUAAAUACCUGGGCACUUACAUCUCUGAGGACCUCUCAUGGACUGUAAAUAUUAAUAUGGUUGUGAGGAAGGAGCAGGGAGGUUGUAUUUCCUGAGAAUGCUCAGGGGACUGAAUCUAUCUCAGCACCUACUUCUGUCCUAUUAUCACAGUACCAUCGAGAGUGUCUUAACAUAUAGUAUAUUAUCGUGGUAUGGGAGCAGCUCUGAAACGGAUAAAAAGCUUUACAGAGAAUAAUUAAAAUUGCCCAGAAUGUUAUUGGGCUCCAACUACCAACCCUGGAUGAGAUCUUCACGUCUCGCACUUUGAAGAAGUCACACAAUAUCCUGAGAGAUCCCACCCAUCCUGCUCACAACUUCUUUGAACUGUUGCCUUCGGGCAGAAGAUAUAGGACAAUGAAAACACGAACCACACGCCUUCUGAAUAGUUUCUAUCCAAGAGCUCUGAUUGCACUAAAUAAUGAUCUCAGGGCCAGUUGCAAGGAAUAGCAAGCAGGGAGUAGGAAGGAAUGAGACAGGUUUUUAGGUUAUGUUAUGCUUUUAAUAGGUUAUGUUACAUUCUGGAGUAUGAUAUGUUUUUAUAGAUUAUGUCUGAAUAGGAUGAGAGUGUUGGAGAUACGUGCAAAUGUGUAUGUGAACCCGGUCUUCGAGUGGGUGUUUGAUUUUCGUUGUUGUGUAUACUGUGUAUAUACGGACAAUGACAAUAAAUUUAUCUAACAUCUAGCACCCAUCGAGCAGUUUACAGGACUGAAGUUCUCUGCCCUCUACUCCCCCCUAUGUCUACUUUCACCUAAGGGAUGUGAGUCUAAACCAAUGAGCCUCUUGGGCUUGCCGAUCAGAAAGUUGGUGGUUCGAAUCUCCGCAAUGGGGUGAGCUCCCGUUGCCCUGUCCCAGCUCCUGCCAACCUAGCAGUUCGAAAGCACGCCAGUGCAAGUAGAUAAAUAGGUACCGUUGAGGUGGGAAGGUAUACGGCGUUUCCGUGCGCUCUGGUUUCCAUCUUGGUGUUCUGUUGUGCCAGAAGUGGUUUAGUCAUGCUGGUCACAUGACUCGGAAAGCUGUCUGCAGACAAACGCGGGCUCCCUUGGCCUGAAAGUGAGAUGGGCACCACCUUUGACUGGACUUAACCGUCCAGCGGUCCUUUACCUUUACCUUUUACCAAGUCUCCUCUGCCUCCUCAGCCAGAAGUUUCCCAAGCAACCUUAAACUACAUCAGCCAGGAGUGCCAACUUGAAUAAAAUAUUGAAGGAGGCCCAGGUAAGCCCCGUCCUGCACAAUCAAUCGCAUGACGUGGUGCACGCGCACCAUUUGAAUGGCAAUGCCCAUCAACUCUGGGGGUCCCUGGCCCCCUCAAAUAUUUUAUUGGCAGGCCCCUAGGAGUUGACUUCUAUGACGCGGAGUUUGUGUGCAUCUGUGCCCUUUGCACUGGCGGAGGAACGGGGGUGGGUGGCCAGGGGGAGCGCACCGCCCCAGGCACCAUUGGGGAGGGGGGUACCAUCACAACCGCCCUCCUGGACACGCGCUGUGCACUCACCCACCACGCCGGGUGCCAUACCCCCGCGGGCAGCACGCCAUGCCCACAGAUGCACACCACGCCCCCAUGGACGGCGCACGACACCCCUGGGACGUACACCAGCCAUGCCCCCAUCUGCUCCAGUGUGGUGUAGUGGUUAAGAGUGGUAGCCUCGUAAUCUGGGGAACCGGGUUCGCGUCUCCGCGCCUCCACAUGCAGCUGCUGGGUGACCUUGGGCCAGUCACACUUCUCUGAAGUCUCUCAGCCCCACUCACCUCACAGAGUGUUUGUUGUGGGGGAGGAAGGGAAAGGAGAAUGUUAUAAUAAUAAUAAUAAUAAUAAUAAUAAUAAUAAUAAUAAUAAUAAUAAUAAUAAUUUAUUAUUUAUACCCCGCCCAUCUGGCUGGGUUUCCCCAGCCACUCUGGGUGGCUUCCAACAAAACACUAAAAUACAAUAACCUAUUACACAUUAAAAGCUUCCCUAAACAGGGCUGCCUUCAGAUGUCUUCUAAAAGUUUGGUAGUUAUUUUUCUCUUUGACAUCUGAUGGGAGGGCGUUCCACAGGGCGGGUGCCACUAUCGAGAAGGCCCUCUGCCUGGUUCCCUGUAACUUGGCUUCUCGUAGUGAGGGAACCGCCAGAAGGCCCUCGGCGCUGGACCUCAGUGUCCGGGCAGAACGAAUGUUAGGCGCUUUGAGACUCCUUAGGGUAGUGAUAGAGCGGGAUAUCAAAUCCAAACUCCUCUUCUUCUUCUUCUCCACCCCCAGUGCCGGAGCAUGCAACUUCUCCACUGGCCCUUUGUCCUGCUACAUGCAUAGCCGUCAGUGACCUUGGAGGCAAGGGGGGAGGAAGGUUUAGUACAGUAGGAAUGACAAGCUCCUGGGUUGCUUCUGCAGACUCUGCCCUCCUCAUCCCCUGAUUCACAUCUGGAGUCUGCCCUGCUUCCUGCAUGCCAAAGUCUGUUGCUUCUUUGGCCUCCAACCAUCAGUCCCCUCUGAUCUGUCCUCAGUGUCCCACCACUACUUCCCAGGCUCUGAGUCUUCCUCUUCCGACGCUUCUCUAGGGGGUUCCUCAGCUUGAGAGCCAGUGUUGGUGUGGUGGUUAAGAGUGGUGGACUCGUAAUCUGGUGAACCGGGUUCGAUUCCUCGCUCCUCCACAUGCAGCUGCUGGGUGACCUUGGGCUAGUCAUACUUCUCUGAAGUCUCUCAGCCUCAGUCACCUCACAGAGUGUUUGUUGUGGGGGAGGGAGGGAAAGGAGAUUGUUAGCCACUUUGAGACUCCUUAGGGCAGUGAUAAAGUGGGAUAUCAAAUCCAAACUCUUCAGCUGGUACCAUGCCUCAUCAUCCCACCGGUCCCUGACAUCUGGCUAACUAACUCCCCACCCCCUCACUUUCAAUUGGAAUCUCUCCUUAUUUUCCCUCCGAUUACUCUUAGCCAUAAAAGUAAGCAAGUUUUUUUCAAUCACAUUUUUAAUAUGAAUGCUAAAUGUAAAUCAAAUCAAAUCAAAUGUUGAAAAACAAUGGAAAACGAUAAGACCUCCACCCACCGCAGCCUUUCAAUCUGUUUCAGUGCCAAACUCUUUUAUCUGUGCUGCAUGUUUUCAUGCUGAGUUUAGUUCUCCUAUAUGAGUUUUUGGGCUGCCCGCUUUCGUGAGAGUAAGGCCUGUUGAAAUCAAUGGGAAUUACUUCUGAGUAUACACGUAUAAGGUUGCGCUGUUAAUUUGUUUUUAACGCUGCUGCAAGCUGCCUUGGGAAUUUAGUUAUAGCUAUAAAUAGUGGAAAUAAAUGAGAAAGAAUAAAACAGAAGCACAAAGGCUGACUCCUGUUCACAGCAACUGAAAAGAAAAUUCCCUAUAAUACCAACCACCUUUUCACCUUCACACUCACACCCUGGGAGAAUUUUGAUGCAGUUUCAACCAGCCCCAAUCUUUCUAAGUUUUUAUUUUUUAUUUCUUUUAAAAAGGAGUAAAAUGAUAAAAAAAAAAUUUUUACCAUAGGCAUCAAUUUCCAGGUAUUCUCUCUCUCUCUCUCUCAUCUCAAAAGAGAACUAUAGAUUUGACAAGCUUGAGGGAAUAAUGUCAGUCAUACAGCCCAUCUCAUUAGUUUUCUAUCUUGCACUAAUGAGGCUACAAUUCAAAAUAUUGCUCUCUUGACAUCUCUGCACUUUCCAGGUUGAGCUUUAAUUCCGGCUUCUUUAAUUAUCUGCCCAAGUUCUCAUCUGCUAGAUCUUUGGGCUUCCAAAAAGAGAAGUUACAUUUCCCCCCUUUUAUUAUAAAGCAAACCAACUGUAGCAUGACCAGCUACCUUCCUGUCUCUGUUCCCAUUAGGAAGAGUUUUAGUGCGAUGUACCAUGGUGCAGAUUCUCAUAGCCUCACUUUGUACUUUUUUUUGGGAGGGGGACUCUUGAAUUGUGGGGAAUGAAAUUGCGCAGGGUUGUUAAAAUACAUGCAGCUAAGUGAGGAGUUAUUUCAUAUGAACAAGGGCAGGUUACUUUAAAUCAUCAUUCAAACUGCCAGGAGAGAAUAUUUUUGGGGGCACUAAUUUAAAUCAUUUUCCAUUUUGUAAUUUAAUUAAUAUAUUUCCUGCACAAACAUGCUCAUUAAUUGGUUGCUAUAACAAUUAGACCAUAUUGAUUUACAACUAAAUAGAACCUUUAUAUUAUCUCAAAAACCCAAAACUUAUAUUCAUACACAGGCCGGAUUUAGGUUUGAUGAGGCCCUAAGCUACUGGAGGUAAUGGGGCCCUUUAUAUGUCCAGCUGUCCUUUGUCAACAACAAAUUGUCGCUGUUUUUUGUGUUGACUAUAUGCUAUAUGGUAAUUUAUGGACCUAAUAGAUAUCUAAAGCCAUUUGCACAUAACAAAAUACGUAUUUUAUCAAAGUAAUUGUUGAACUGAAAUACAAUUAAGAAGAAGUAUAUUAAUAAUGAAAUACAAUUAAGAAGAAGUAUAUUAAUAGUGAGAAAACCAGUGAUAUUUUAGGGAGCAGGCUAGCAGGCGGGGGCUAUUACUUACAUCAUAGGAACCUACACAACACAAAACACUGUAGCUGUAUGUAGGUUUUAUUUUAUUUGGUUUUUAUUUGUUUUCUAUGCCGCAGCUAGACUGGUGACUGGGAGUGGCCGCCGAGACCAUAUAACACUGGUCUUGAAAGAACUACACUGGCUCCCAGUACAUUUCCAAACACAAUUCAAAGUGUUGGUGCUGACCUUUAAAGUCCUAAAUGGCCUCGGUCCAGUAUACCUGAAGGAGCGUCUCCACCCCCCAUCGUUCUGCCCGGACACUGCCGUCCAGUGCCGAGGGCCUUCUACAAGAAGCCAAGUUACAGGGAACCAGGCAGAGGGCCUUCUCGGUAGUGGCGCCCGCCCUGUGGAGCGCCCUCCCUCCAGAUGUCAAAGAGAAAAAUAACUACCAAACUUUUAGAAGACAUCUGAAGGCAGCCCUGUUUAGGGAAGCUUUUAAUGUUUAAUAGGUUAUUGUAUUUUAGUGUUCUGUUGGAAGCAGCCCAGAGUGGCUGGGGAAACCCAGCCAGAUGGGCGAGGUAUAAAUAAAUUAUCAUUAUCAUUAUCAUUAUCAUUAUCAUCAUCUUAUAUUUUGGAAAUGUACGUCCAGGUUGUUGUUUUCUUUAAUUUUUUGGGGGGUCCCCAAGAGAGUAAGGCCCUAAGCUAUACAGUGGUGCCUCGCAAGACGAAAUUAAUUCGUUCCGCGAGUUUUGUCGUCUUGCGAUUUUUUUCGUCUUGUGAAGCACGGUGUCGGGAAAGUUUUGGAAAAGCUUCAAAAAUCACCAAAGUCUUUAAAAACCUCAAAAAAGGCUACCACACCGCGUUCUAUGAGUUGUUCCUCGAAGUCAAGUCGCAACUGUAUUAACGGUGUUAAGAAAAAGGAAACAAACUUGCAAGACGUUUCCGUCUUGCGAAGCAAGCCCAUAGGGAAAAUCAUCUUGCGAAGCAGCUCAAAAAACAAAAAACCCUUUCGUCUAGCGAGUUUUUUGUCUUGCAAGGCAUUCGUCUUGCGAGGUACCACUGUAGCUUGUUUAUCUUAUAUGUAAAUCUGUUCAUACAAUCUGGGUGGCAUUUUCAUUACAUAAUUAUAAGAUGGUUAGGCUGCAGUCUUGUACAUAUGUACCUGGGAGUAAACCCCAUUGCAAUCAGUGGGGCUUACCUAUGAGAAAGACAUGUAUAGGCUCAUGCUUUUAGAGAGUUUUCAUUGCAUCCCACCAAGAUCUCCUCAGAGUAGAUCAGAGUGUGGGAUGUAAACACAGGAGCAGUCAAUGACAACAUUCCUAGAGUGUACAUGUUAGAACAUGGGGAGGGAUGUCUGUCCAGCAAGCAGGUAAACUUCCUGGGGACGGACUUCCUCCGCAUGUGACCAGAGGUGGGUGUGGCCUCACCUGUGCAGGUUAUGCCAACAGCACAGGGCAGGCAGCCAUCUCUCUCUCUCUGCCAUUUUCCUUCAAUGAGGAAACAUCUAAGGAUGCCCUCUUGGCUCUCAGCCAAGAGAGGAGAUAAGGACUAUCUUGCUACAAGAUAGAUUCUGAAUGUAUGUAACCUUUUUAAGCUGUCUGCCUUCUGGGAUCAUAUUGUGAACAGAACGUGAGUAAACUCUUUUAUACUUUUAUAAAGACUGUGUCGUGUCUUGUAUUUUAAGAGGGAACAAAAGGGGAAAUUACCAGAGUAAUUAUUAUAGAGGUUCUAGCGAACCUGUGCACACGUUACCGUUGCGAACUUAAAGGGGAAUGUUUAUAAACUCUGCUGAUAUUUUGGGAACUUGUUAGCACAAGUUGGAUAAGGAUAUAAUUAGUCAAUAUAUCCUCUCCUGCACCCCAGAACAUUCCCACACAGAGUAGAUCAGAGUAGAUGCCCUGAAAUGAAUGGAACUAAGCUAGGCAUGUUGCAUCCAACUAAAUCCAAUACUAAUUUCAAUAGGGCUACUUUUAGUAUGACUAAAGCUGUAUGCAACCCUUUAGUGUAUGUUAUGGACUUGAUGGUGAAAUUAAUGGAUUUCUUUUUUAAUUUCUCUAUACAUGUGAGAGGACACUAAGCAAGAUCCCUUACUUGAGGAGAGGCAUUUGACCCCUGUGCACAUUCACUGGAAAGUAUAUCCCAGCAAGUUAAAUUGGACUGAGUUAUCUUAGCCUGGAAUUGCACUCAGAAUGCUGUGAUUCCUUUUCAUGCUGGAAUUGUCUCAGUUACUUGAAGGAUGUGAGUUUGUGAAACAGGAACCCGGGCCUCAAUUAAUUACAUGUCACUGGUUCAUCACAUGCUCCACAGUUACAACAUACAGAGCAGUCUCUCACUCCACUAAAUUAACAUUAGAAGGGUCACUCAGUUGAACUUAGGGUUCACGAUAAAGGGAAAAUGUAUGUGCAUAUAUCUCCACUUCGUGUAGGGCCUAAGGCAUUUAAACUUGUACAGAUAAUCAUCAGCAUCUUGAAUUGUGUCUGGAAGGCUAGUGGAAGUCAGUGUAGACUAGACAUCAAACCAUUAAAAAGGCUGGUUCGUAAGUUCCCAAACUGAUGUUCUUGCCACAUCCCAGUAAUUAGGACUAUGUGUAUUGGGUGAAUAAUGUAGUUCCUUUCCGUGCUAGUGAUGCAAGCUAAUGGCGUCCACACAGCUUCCAUAACAUAAGUAUGUGCAGAAGAAUGCCACGUCCAAAAAAGUUCCACUUCUAGUUUGUUCUGCUCAUAACUAGUUCUACAGGCAGAAUGUCAGAUGCUUCAGACAUUACAUUUUUUAGUAUUAACAAUUGUACACAUAUAAAUAUAUCAUGUGAAAUGGGACAAACGAGUGGAAACACAUUGUCAUGAAUAUCAGAUAACCAACGGCAGCUAGAAAGCUACGUCAGGAGCAGAUCUAUGUAACAGCAGCCAUGUAAUGAUUGAUAAAUGAUGGUGAUUAUACCAUGUAAUGUGUGGGGUGGCCAAUGGUUUUUCAGAAUUCAGACCUGUUUUUACCAGUCAUAUGGAGUUCGCUCAUUCAGCCCAAUAAGGUAAUUUGAUUUAAAGCAUAAUUUUAAAUGCUAUGGAUCACAAUAUAUAUUUACUUUUCUAUUGGAACGGGCCAGAGAAUGUUGAGCAUUUCAUGAAAUAAUCAGAGAAGCCUUUGUUUCCAACUCCAUUUCACAGAAUAGACAAAUGGCCUGCGUGAAAUCUUGACUUCAUUUAUACAGUUUUAUUAUUGAAGGGGCUAUGCUCAAUUAAGAGGGGUUUGCUUGAUUCUUUGGUUUAGAGCCAAACAAUGAAACACAUUUUAAUAAACACAUCCAGACACGGGUCCAGGGCCUUCUGAGCCAUUAUCAAUCCAAAUGUUACAAGGUACCAUCGGCACACUGAUGACACUUGGUUCUAAAACUAAUGACUACUCCCAAUGGUUUCACGCAAUAGCACUGCAGACAAUUGAGUGUCUUGCAACACCCUAUGGCUCAAGAGAUCUCUAUGAAGUAGUGAUCUCUCCCACUACUGUUGUGAUCUGUCCCACAGCUAUCUUCUGCCUGGCAGCAGCUAGCUGAAGUCUCAAAUAAAAGCCCUUCUCAGCUCAGGUACGUGAGCUCUUGUCAAUUGGAGAGGCCAAGGGUUCAGCUGGUAUGUCCCACAGAGGAACUUACGGUCUUCAAACAAAAACAUCUUGAAGGUACCGGGCCACAGAGAGGUUAUGCUGGCCUCAACUAGAGCCAGGGCUUUUUCGGCUGUGGCUCCGAUCUGGUGGAACGCUCUGUCACAAGAGACUAGGGCCCUGUGGGACUUGACAUCUUUCCGCAGGGCCUGCGAAACAGAGCUGUUCCACCAGGCCUUUGGCCAGGGCAUAGCCUGACUCCCUCCUUUGGCAAUCUUCACAGAACUCUAGCCCAAUGGUUGCCAUCAAUUUGAUUUGAAUUAAUUUUAUAAUGAAAUGAUUUUAGAAUGUUGUAUUAUUUUAUUGUUGUUAGCCGCCCUGAGCCCGGCUUCGGCUGGGGAGGGCGGGAUAUAAAUAAAAUUUAUUAUUAUUAUUAUUAUUCAACACGGGGCUAUAUAUGUAUGCAAAGCCAAAGGCCUUCCAUUGUGUUAUUUACGACCACUCUUCAUUUUUCAUAGAGGAGAAUGGAAAAGGAAGUGGAUUUUGGUUGCUAUCACUAGUGAAAGCUCACAUUUUAUAAUACAUUAAAAUUUAUGCUGGAUGACUUGGAUAGAACCCUGUCACUUAUCAGCAUUCCAACUGCAAAACAGAGCCAAAAGAAUCUCUCUCCCUUUUUAGAAAGAUAAAGCUUCUUCCUGUAACUGCCAGAACAUUUCUAGCAGUUUCACAUCAAGGAUUUUUUUUCCAAGAAGAAAGCAUCGUACACAAAGCUAAAUAGAUUAGAAUGGGCGUAGCUUUUCUACACAUCAGAAAAAUAAUAAUGGUAAAGGUGCUGUAUAAAAAGAAAGAGACAGGCAAUAUAGGGAUGAGCAUGUGUAUCAAAACAAGAGACCCUGGGAAACAUUUUCCUUGAAUAUCAGCUUUCGUCUUGGGAUGUUCAAGCAGCAUCACAUGUACUUUGUAACAUCGGUGAGAAGGCUGCUAAAUGCUCUCAGCUUUGCAGCUGGGCAGCUCCAGAGAGUGCGGUAGAGGCCGAGAAUUUCUCUCCUGGCUUUGCUGUUCAAGUGUUGGGCCAUUAGUACGAUCCCCUGGCACCUGAAGUAAGGAGAAUUUGAAGUGGCAUUCUGCUUUUCCUCUCUUGAGGUUGCAAAAUACCUCAGGUUACUCACAGCUUCCAUUUGACCUCAACCUUUAGGUUGGUUACGUGUUCAGAAGAAAACAGCAACGAGGAUCCUUGGGUGAAAGCUGUAAAUAAAGAAAAGGGAAGUGACCGGCAACAAGAUGACUCAAAAAGAUUCAUUGGGACCAGCAGGCACUUUUAGAGAAGUAGGGAAGGAGAGAGAAGGGUGAUUGAAAGGGGCAUAAUAAGGUUAGGGAGAGUGGGCUGGGGAUGGUCCCAUAAAGGGAAUGGAAGGGUCAACCAGCAGACCUCUCAUCCAAAGAAAAGCAGAUGGUAAAGAUAAUUAGUCAGGACUGACGGUUGUCAACAUCUGGUUACAGUUUGUCUUCCUACAUUUUCCCCAGAUAUGCAGAGCUGAAAAAUAGUGAAGGGGAAAUAGUACACUGCUAUUCAAAAUUCCUUCUCAACCAAGCACAAGGAGGAUAAACAAAGGCUUCUUUUAUGAUUUGCGCCAUUUUUUCAUAGAAAGUGAUGUUUAAAAUAAUACUUAAUAAAUAAAAAAAAUUCAGUGACAGGCAUCCUCCCACUGCAAAUGGAAGGAAUUUGAAUGUUUGACUCAUGUACAUGUUUUCUUUGAAGACAUCAGCUAAUGAAGACAAUCGCAGUUCUCAUAGGAUGAACAUUUGUUCUCAGCUUGACAAGUGUACUGUGUGUAUUUUGGAAGGUGUGCACAGCUCCCAACAUUACUUUAUUGAGGUAUUUUAUUUCUCUAAUCACGUAACAAGGUUAUGCUGUAGAGCUCUGGGAUAGUCUUAUAACAAAUUUUCUCUUUCCAUUCAUGCAUGACUCUCCCGUUGGAGGAUAAUGAGCACUCCCCACACAUGUCCAAGAAUAGAAUUUGACCCAAACAAGUAUUUACCAAUUUAAAAUGUCAUAGUGAAUGAUAUACAAAAUUAUCUCUGAACUGCAGCCCCAAUGCAUUAUGUGAAACAGAUGAAGGGCGGCUAACCAAAUCCAAUUCACAUUAUGGAUCAUUAUGCUGCAACUGCGGCAUGUGGCAAAAUAAAAAUACUGACAUUUUGAGGUGUAGGUGAGGUAUUUUGGAUGUUUGUUUUAUCCCCUCUAUUCUUAGCCUUGGUUUACUAUUGCAAAUCUCCAACUCCACCCCCCCCAAAAGCCUCACAACAGUGCUCAUCAAAUUCUGUAGGUGCUUAAGAAGAUCUGAAAUGUCAUUAUUAGCACAGUUAGCUGGCUGUAAUGUAUUUUUAUUAUAGGGGAGGGGACCUCAACCAGUGAGCACAAUUUCAAAUUUUAGUAGAGGGGUCAAAGGGUGUGUAUGAUAGGGCAGGAUGUUUUUUAAGCAUGGUUUAAAUGCCUGCUCUUGAACAAACCAAAUAUUCAAUUGCAGAUCAACAACAAAGAAACCCUACAAAUGUCCAGUAUAUAUAUAUAUUAUAGUUAAAGCUAUGGUUUUCCCAGUAGUGAUGUAUGGAAGUGAGAGCUGGACCAUAAAGAAGGCUGAUCACAGAAGAAUUGAUGCUUUUGAAUUAUGGUGCUGGAGGAGACUCUUGAGAGUUCCAUGGACUGCAAGAAGAUCAGACUUAUCUAUUCUGAAGGAAAUCAGCCCUGAGUGCUCACUGGAAGGACAGAUCCUGAAGCUGAGACUCCAAUACUUUGGCUACCUCAUGAGAAGAGAAGACUCCCUGGAAAAGACCCUGAUGUUGGGAAAGAUGGAGGGCACAAGGAGAAGGGGAUGACAGAGGACGAGAUGGUUGGAUAGUGUUCUCGAAGCUACCAGCAUGAGUUUGACCAAACUGCGGGAGGCAGUGGAAGACAGGAGUGCCUGGCAUGCUCUGGUCCAUGGGGUCAUGAAGAGUCGGACAUGACUAAAUGACUAAACAACAAAAUAUAUAUGUUUGUUUGUGUAUGUGUGUGUAGUUUGUUGGCACUAUUUUUUAUACAUCGAAGUAUAUUGAGCGGGGACCUUUUGCAUGCAUACCCAGUAAACUGACCCAUUUUAUUGUUUUUAAGAGGGAUGAGGUACUUGUGGCCUCUAGAUGUUGUUGAACUCCAACUUCAUACCUGACCAUUGACCAUAGUGGCUGGGACUGAUAGAAGCUGAAGUCCAAAACCAUUUGGUGAUCCAAAAGUUCCCUAACUGCUUUAUAACAAUAGCCACUCACCAUCCAGUACCAAUUGAAUUAGCCAGGAUCUAGGUGCUCCUCAGAAACAAUCACAUGUCGUCUGAAACCUGGGAGUUAAUACUUCUCUGCACAGCUUCCAAGUAGCGCUCCUGCUCUUAACAUCAAAUUGGUAUCUUAGAUGCAUUUUUUGCUACGUUAACAAUUUUUCUAUGCUUCUUUGCCAGAAACUAGGCUUUUUUUCUUCAAUGGAGCUGACUCCAGGAUGCUAAAGAUGAAACCUUGCAGGUUUGUGAUUCCCCACGAGCGUUAAAAUGUAUAUCAUCCCUCUGAGGUCUAGUUUCUGCUGCUAUUAAAUGGAUGUUCCAUCCAGUUGCACAAGUGGACAACAUUACUAAAGUCAGUAUCUGUAUCAUCCCCAGCAUAACUCUUCUUCACCUGGUUUAUCAGAUUAAUUAAUCUUUGCCCACUGUCUCGCACAGGAGAUUUAUCCUUCAGCACUACACAAGACUAAUGGUUUUAUAAAAUAAAAAUAAGUUCAGCGUAACUAAAAUUAGCACUAUGCUUCACAGCCUUUACCUUGACAUGUUGUUAACUGCAUGGUUACUGAAGCAGCUGCAAAUUAAUCAGUUUUUGAUGCCUAGGCUUACAUUCAUACUUCAGAGGUGUACGGUCCCCUCUUCUCUGUGCUCCUGCCUCCUUUGUGGAACAAGCAGUAGAUUUGGGUUGGUGAGGGGCUGAUUCUGAUUGGGGAAAUGAGGGAAGACGUUAAGCAUCUUCUCCCUCAGCACCAUUGUUCUAGCUAAACUGGCAGUUCCGUGGUUGCAGCUUAGUAAAAAAACAAAAACAAACAGUGAAAAUCCAAUCACAGAUAAAUAUGUAAAAGGUAGAAUGGUCCUUAGUGCCUUCAGAGGGAGGACAUCACAAUCCUACAAACAACACAGUGCGGAUGGCGCUAUGGUCUAAACCACUGAACCCCUUGGGCUUUGCCGAUCUGAAGGUCAGCGGUUUAAAUCCCUGUGACGGAGUGAGCUCCCGUUGCUCUGUCCCAGCUCCUGCCAACCUAGCAGUUUCAAAGCAGGCAAGUGCAAGUAGAUAAAUAGGUACCGCUGCGGCAGGAAGGUAAAUAGCAUUUCCAUGCGCUCUGGCUUCCGCCACAGUGUUCUGUUGCACCAGUAGCGGUUUACUCAUACUGGCCACAUGACCUGGAAAGCUGUCUGUGGACAAAUGCCAGCUCCCUUGACCUGAAAGCGAGAUGAGUGUUGCAACCCCAUAGUCGCCUUUGACUGGACUUAACGGUCCAGGGGUCAUUUACCUUUUAUGUUGUUGCUGUUGUUAUUUUUUUUUUUUUUACAUACAACACCAUGCAAUAAUAUAAGGUAAAGGUAAAGGGACCCCUGACCAUUAGGUCCAGUCAUGACCGACUAUGGGGUUGUGGCACUCAUCUCACUUUAUUGGCCGAGGGAGCCGGCGUACAGUUUCCGGGUCAUGUGGCCAGCAUGACUAAGCUGCUUCUGGCGAACCAGAGCAGUGCACAGAAACGCCGUUUACCUUCCCGCCGGAGUGGUACCUAUUUAUCUACUUGCACUUUGAUGGGCUUUCGAACUGCUAAGUUGGCAGGAGCAGGGACCGAGCAACGGGAGCUCACCACGUCGCAGGGAUUUGAACCACUGACCUUCUGAUCGGCAAGUCCUAGGCUCUGUGGUUUAACCCACAGCACCACCCGCGUCCCUCAUGCAAUAAUAUAGUGGUGUAUUUAAAGACAAAACUACUGCAAUGUGUUACACAGCCUUUGAAGACUGUUUGAAAACUGCAGGUCAAAAUACAACUGCUUGGAUGCUGACUAAGAUUAGUGAAUAGAGAGAGUGUUCAACCAGGUCUUAAACAACUGUUCUGACUCCUGGUCCAUUUCCAGGUACACUUCUGUUUAUUUAUAAAGACCUACGUGCCUUGGGGCCUGAAGGAUCCUCUGUUCUGACAUGAGGCACUCCUAAGUGCCACCACCCUCUGAGGUGAGGUGCGAUGGGUGGCAACUGGAAGAAUGUAUUUCUUGGUUGUGGCGCCUUAUGGAAUGUUUUCCAUAGGGAGUCUCACUGGUAUUGACUCUGAUGUCCUUUUAGCAUUAGGAAGUAAUGUUUUGUAGACACUUAACUCUGGUUAAAAAAAAAAAAGUUAAUGAAAUUGUAAUCUGUGGUGGAAUUGUUUAAAUGCAGCGUGUUUUCUGCUCUUUGUUUUAUCUUGUUUUCUGUAUGAUAUUUGUAAGCUGGCCUACAGAAAUUUUUUUGUAUUGAAGAAUGGGGUGUGCAGACAAAUAAACAUAAUUCUAAAAUAUGGAAACCAAAAGUUCCAGAAGCUUCAACAUAAUGUAUGUGCAGUCUUUCUGUGCCAUACAAAGGCUAACAAAGGAAAUGUAUCUGAAAAGAACUAGGUCUAUGUGUGUGCUAUGGGCAUGCAGAACACACACAUACCUCACUGCCAGAAUAUAGUGUGGAAUUCUUAGCUUUUGUUUUAAGAGAGGAAUUAUCUUGCCCUUAUGACAACGACUAUGAGCAGGAAGUGCCUAAUGAAAUCUUAGAUGCCAGACAGGAGUUGCUGAAGCAUAUCUUCAGUGACCUACAUACUUGCUCAGGGCCACUCCAAGACAUUUUAUUGCCUGCGGCAAAGGACAAGGUGGCAAUCCCCAAGCCCAUUCCACAUAUAGAAGCUGUCCAGAUAGGAAGCUGAACUGGCAACCCCUUCCGCCCUACCUGAUGGGAGCAGGCUCUCUUAAGGGAUGCAGGGCAGGCUUCAUGGUGCACACAGAUCCAGAACCCUACUGCUCCUCAACUCCCAGCAUCUGCUGCUUGAGGUAGCUGAAUCUACUUAAUUGAUGGGCCAGCAACUGUUGUUGCAAAAAGGCACUUUGCGUACCUGGGGAGAAACUCAACAUAGUGCAAAUAACAAUCAUUCCAUCAGUGCAAGCAUUUGAGCUUGCCAGAAGAAAUAAAUGAUCUUCCUCUCCUCCCCCAUGCAUUAUUCUAGAGGGUCUCCUGAUCUCUCCCCGAGUCAAUGUGGAGAGGGCAGGGGAAGGAGAUGGGGUGAAAGCCCUAUUGUACUAGCAGAAGUCCUUGUGUGGGCUUCUGAUGGUGGGAUUUGGUAGCUGAAUUGUUACAAACAGUACUUGUUUGUAUUUCAUUGCUAUUUGCUCCCAGUUUUCUCACCCUCUCUCUCUAUAUGCCUGCCAAUUAAGGAUAACGCUUCAUGUACCUUAUGAAGUAGACUCUAUUCCAUGAAAGCUGAUGCUGUAAUAAAUGUGCUAGUUAUGUAGAAGCCGCAGGAGCUUUUUGUUCUUAUUUUUUGCAACAGGCUUACAUGUCUGCACCCCCUGGCCCCUCUGAAGUGAUCUGCACAGAGAUAUUAACAGAAAGUUAGAAAAUUGUGCUGCUGCCACAUUUUUGUCUUCCUAAUGAUGCAUUCCGCUUGCAGCACUGGCUCUGCAGAGAUCUGGGAGCGCUGAGUUUCACUGCUCAGAAUCUGUGCAUGCCACAUACAGCAGAGGGAGAGAGGAGGAGAGAGUUGUAAAGGGGCGGAAAGAUCCCACUGGUGCAUAACAAGAGCUCCCACUGAACUGGAGCAAAUAAGAGAAGGCAAGUUGCAGUGGAGGGAGGCUGCCUUGAUUCUGAACAAAACAAUUUUCUAACUUAGAUGAGAGGGAGAGGAACAGCAUGGGGGUGGGAAAGGAGUGGGAAACAGCGACAGAAAAAGAGCACAGCAGCAGCAAAUUUCAGCAUAUCCUCUUGAAGCUGGAUGUCCCCACACACUGCCCUCUAAAGGAUGCAAACAGAGUCUUUAUCUAAAUCAGUGUUCCCGACCUUCAUGGGUAAGAAGACCCCUCUUUCACCUCAAAAAAAUUCAUGGACCACUACAUGCUAAUUGUUCUAAUUUUCUUGAAAACAUGCAGGCUUACUCCUAAAGCAGUUUAAGACAACUUUUACCACUACUACAAAACUAUGGGCACUCUCCUUUAAAUCACAUUUUGCACAUUUAUGAGCAUAACCUUUAGAAUUUUUGUUUCCCAAACUUAAAUCCAGACAGAAACCAUCACGAAAUAUACUUUCAUUAAAAUACAUAAGGUGGGAGGGAAAUGCAUUAAAUGCUACUUCAGAACAAAUAUGGCUAUGACGCGGGUGGCGCUGUGGGUUAAACCACAGAGCCUAGGACUUGCCGAUCAGAAGGUCGGCGGUUCAAAUCCCCGUGACGGGGUGAGCUCCCGUUGCUCGGUCCCUGCUCCUGCCAACCUAGCAGUUUGAAAGCACGUCAAAGCUCAAGUAGAUAAAUAGGUACUGCUCCGGUGGGAAGGUAAACGGUGUUUCCGUGCGCUGCUCUGGUUCGCCAGAAGCGGCUUAGUCAUGCUGGCCACAUGACCCGGAAGUUGUACGCCAGCUCCCUUGGCCAAUAAAGCGAGAUGAGCGCCACAACCCCAGAGUCGGCCACAACUGGACCUAAUGGUCAGGGGUCCCUUUACCUUUACCUUUAUGGCUAUGAUAGAUUAAAAAUGAUUAAAAAGAAGUACGGGGCCAAAUUCAGUUUGUUUAUCUUACACCACCAAUUCAUAAUUUUUGAAUCAAAUUAGGAAGAGAUUACUCUCUAGAUCUUUUAAGACGCAUGUUGAAAGCAGAGUGAAAGUCCAAAAGUCUGUCUUUAGGGGAAAGGCGGUGGGAUGAGGACAACAAGCCCCCUUCAUCUCACAGAAAUUAAAAUUUGCAGCUUGCCAUGAAGACUGUGAACACAGCUGUCAUGAGCCUGGUGAUAUUAAAUCAUUCAAGAAAUAAAAGACAAGGAAAGACCAAAACUUAAUAGCUGUCAGUCCACCAAACAAAUCCAUUCGCUAACCAAAGUUGCCCUUCCUAUGCACAUUUCCUUAAGAAUCAAGUAAACUGAAGCCAAUGGGACUUAACUUCCCAUUAACUAUGCAAAUAGGUUUUUUUUUAUCAUCCCCAAAUCUAGACCAGAUGUGAUCUAAGUAUUGGGGGGGGGGGAGGAAUGAACAGGACAGACAUGUUAAAAUAAAUGUGCGCUGAUGUCAUGGCCAAUUUGGCGCUAAGAUGUUUUUAAAGAAACAAAAAUCCUUUCACAGAAAGUCUAGUGUUGAAUAGAAAAUCCUUUCAUCUUAAAUACUGUCAGAAUAUGGAAGAAAUUGAAACACAGACUGAUGAAGGAUGUCUCUUUUCUUGCCACUGUUGUUGCAUCCUUAAUUUCCAAGUGAAGAUCAACGUGUGCUAUAUAAACUGUGGAUACAGUAAAGGUCUUUAUAGACUAAUUGUCUUUUAUGAAAACAAGACUCCCAUAACAACCCAGUAAUUACAGGACAGAUUGCAGGCACGGAAUGCAAACUGGCUAUUUUUACAGCAAGUACAUUAUUUCCUCAAUAGCAAAGCUAUUCGAGAAAAAAUAACUGGGGAAUUAACCCCAUCUGAGAAAUAAAUGCAGAACUUCAGAUUUAAUACAUGAGGGUUGGUUAUAGAAUUGUUUCAGUUGCUAAUAAAUGCAGAAACAAACCAUGGUGAAAUUAGGAAGUAAUGGGAAAAAUAUUUCAAAAUCCAGAUGCCACAAGAAAUAUGGGAGAAAUAUCCAAUAAAAUCCAUAACUGCACAGAUAAGGGAUGGAGACCAAAAACUGAUAAACAAAUAGUUCAUCCCAGUGAUGUGGUCUGCUCUCCUAACAAAACAAAGCUUAUAAAUUUGUUGUUGCACUGUACAAAAAUAAUGGACUUUGAGGUUUGAGUAAAAUAAGCAGGGGUGGAAAUACACUGAGAGAAAAAUGGCAGUUUUAAACAAUAGCAGAUGUCUAAGCAAAGCAGGGAUAUAUGAAUACUGAGAGGAAAAUGGCACUGACCACUCCAGCUUUACUCAUUUUUUUUCCUUCCAUGUUCCCUUACCACUUCUCUUCCUAUCUUGUGUUGCAGCUCUCUCUCUGCAUCAUUUAUUCUCUUAUCACCAGGCUGGGCACUGUUUUCCUUUCCAGAGUAGAAAGAGGCAAAAUAGGUGUUGAGCAGUUCCGCCUUCUCUCUGUCACCCAAGAGCAUUUCUCCAUCUUUUCCACAGUGAGCACCUAUUUCCUUGUUCUUCCUCUUGCUUCAAACAUAGCUGAAAAAACCUUCAUUAUUAUUUUUGAACUCUCUUGCAAGCCUGACGGAGCUCAUUCUGAGCUUUAGCCUACCUGACCUUCUCCCUCCAAGUGUUCACUACUCAUUUAUACUCUUCCUUUGUGACCUGCCCUUUCUUCCAUUUCUUAUGCAUGCUCCCUUUCAACAUCAGCUAAUUUGAAUGCUCCUCACCAGUUUCUUUAAAUGCCCCCCACUUUUCUUUCUUGUUGGAAUUAUACCUUUCCAUUUCUUUGGUAUAAUGAAUCCCUAAGGAGUGGUCAUUUCCUCCUCAUUGACCAGUUUUUCCCUGUUGGUGAUGAUCAGGUCCAAGAUAAUUGAUUGUCUUGUUGCUUCUUCCACCUUCUGGAAAAUGAAAUUGUCAGCAAACUGUUGGAUCUUGCGUUCUCAACCAGGUUUGAGCUCCAACUGAUACCAGAGUUGUUGAAGUCUUCUACAAGUAUCAUAUAUCUCCUCCAAAGGCUAGUUUUGUCUCCAUCUUUCUCUCUGCUGAAUUAACAAGGGCAACACUGAGACUAACAGAGCCUCCAAGUGUCCCUACUUUCCACGGGUGUCCCUGAUUUGGCCACUGGUCCCAUCACCUCCUGGCAAAUAGAAGGGGAAGAAAUGGAGCCAGUGAGAGAUUUUACUUUCUUGGGCUCCAUGAUCACUCCAGAUGGUGACAGCAGUCAUGAAAUUAAAAGACGCCUGCUUCUUGGGAGAAAAGCGAUGACAAACCUAGACAGCAUCUUAAAAAGCAGAGACAUCACCUUACUGACAAAGGUCCGUAUAGUUAAAGCUGUGGUUUUCCCAGUGUUGAUGUAUGGAAGUGAGAGCUGGACCAUAAAGAAGGCUGAUCGCCGAAGAAUUGAUGCUUUUGAAUUAUGAUGCUGGAGGAGACUCUUGAGAGUCCCAUGGACUGCAAGAAGAUCAAACCUCUCCAUUCUGAAGCAAAUCAGCCCUGAGUGCUCACUGGAAAGGACAGAUCGUGAAGCUGAGGCUCCAAUACUUUGGCCACCUCAUGAGAAGAGAAGACUCCCUGGAAAAGACCCUGAUGCUGAGAAAGAUGGAGGGCACAAGGAGAAGGGGAAGACAGAGGACGAGAUGGUUGGACAGUGUUCUCAAAGCUACCAGCAUGAGUUUGACCUCCACUGCGGGAGGCAGUGGAAGACAGGAGUGCCUUGCGUGCUCUGGUCCAUGGGGUCACAAAGAGUCGGACACUACUAAACAACAACAACAACAACAACAACCCUGAUUUGGAGAAGCCAUCCCAGUUUCUGAUUUGAUCCCGGAAUGUCCCACUUUUCUUUAGGAUGUCCCUAUUUUCAUUGGAGAAACGCUGGAGGGUAUGGAGUUAUCCAACCCCCGAGCCUUCUGAAGGCAAUCCUGUAUAGGGAAGGGUUGUUUUUUUUUUAAUGUUUAAUGUUUUUAUGUAUGUUGGAAGCUGCUCAGAGUGGCUGGGGCAACCCAGUAAGAAGUGUGGUGUAUAAAUAGUAAAAUUAUAAUUAUGGAAUGGGACGUCCCUAUUUUCAUCAGAGAAAUGUUGGAGGAUAUGGACUAAGGUGGGGGAAUCAUAGAACUGUAGAGUAGGAAGGGACCCUGGGGGUCAUCUAGUCCAACCCCCUGUAAUGCAGGAAUCUUUUGCCCAACGUGAGGCUUGAACCCACCACCCUGAGAUCAAAAGAGUCUCAUGCUGUAAUGCUACCUGGAUUGGCUGUAAAUUAAAAGGCAGGCAGGCAGGCAGGUUGCUUGGGGCUGGCUGAGGGCAGACUGAAGUUGGUGGGACAGGUACCCCAUUCACUCUAAUGGAGCGGCCUCCAUUAUACUGCUCUGUAUUAUAAAUAGGAUUUCUCUUAUUUCUGAAGGAGCGUUAAGGCUUGCUUGUGGUGAUGGAUUAGGCAAAGGUGGGCAUUAUAACUGGGCUUCACUUAUGGCCUUGUUUGACUGAGGUGCUUGUGGACGAGGCAGGGAUGGCAGUAUAAAUAUAAACCAUCCUAAACUCUGGCAUUUUUCUUUUCUACCCUUGAGCAUAGCUGUCAACUUUUUUCUUGUGAGGGAUCCUCUUCGGAAUAAGGGAAUUUCCCUUAAAAAAGGGAAAACGUUGGCAGCUAUGCCCUUGAGGCGUUGUGUUUUUAGGACCCGCCUUAUUUUUACGCUUGCGAGUUGUUUCAAAUGUCGCGUUUUCAUGCCCUGGGACCUUAAAAGAGUGAAGGGUAAUAAAUAAUAACGGGGGGAGGGACGCGCGCGGGAAACUUCUGAACGGUCGCGGAGCUUCGUUUGGCUCAAUCGAUUAUGGAUUUGGGAGGAGGGAGAACGUGGUUUAUUAUAUUUUUAUUUACUGUAUUUUUUCAACCAUAUGAGGGGGGUGGGGUGCAGCAAAAUAAGGUGCUAUGGGAACAAUGAGGAGGAGGAGAAGACCCGGGAGAGCGUCGCCUGAGGGGGAGCCAGGCCUCUUUCCCGAGCGCCUCAGCCCCUCCGCCUGAGGGAGAAGAAACAAAAGCCGGUGAGGCGGCGGCGACGACGACGACGAGGCACAGGGGGAGCGGCGGGAAGCGGAGCCCAGUCAGAGGCUCCUGGCUGCGUGACGUCACCGCCCGGGCUGGCUAUAGGCUGGCCGCUGAGCUCUCCGAAGCGGCGGCGGCGGCUCUGCCCGCUUCAUUCAGCGCUUUCCGCAGCCUGUGUGCACUCGGGGGGCUCCCUCGCCAGCGACGCACAGACCGGGCACAACUCCCCGCAGCGGAGGCCCAGGUAAGGGAAGGGGGCGACGUCUCUUUUUCGCCGGGGUUCGCUUCCCGGUGGACCUCCCCCCACCCCACCUCUGCCUUUCACCCCCUCAGGGUCUCCCCUCGCGAAACAGCCUGCGGGGUUGGCUUGGGGGGGGGGGCGGCUGCCGUGGGGUUGGAUGGGGGGCAGCCCCAGAAGGUGCACGAGGAGGGAGGGGGGUCCGCACAAGUCCAAACUUUGCCAGCCUCUGGAACUUGGUCAGGCUAUGGGGGGGGGGGGGAGGGAAAACACACGCCUACCAAGCUGCUGAGUAAUUUGAGAAAAUGAGGUUGCCAAUGCAGUUUGUGGACUAUGUAUAUUUUGAUCUAUCUAUAUAGAUUAAAAUUUUAUAUCUAUCUAUAGAUACCCGUAUAUCUAUAUGUCUGCAUAUCACUAGACAGAUAUGUAUCGCUAUGUGAUUCUCCCUGUUUUCCAAGAUUUGGGAGGCAGCAGGGACCCGCUAGGAUGCGGUCCUCAAUUUCCAGGGCGCUCUCUUGCGUGUUUAAAUCGCUCCACCGACAACCCACCCUACCUCAGUCAUUGUUCUAGAUGCCGCCCGCUGAAGUGUGUUUAGUUUUGGGGGAUGGGGGAGACCUCUGCAGCUGGAAAGAUUAAUUUGAGGUAGCGGUGGUUAAGGGGGGAAAUAAUAGAAGAUGAGAGGGGAGUAUCAUAAUGGUUUUCUUUUAAGCCAGGGAAGACACAUUUAAUUUUUCCCCCUUUUUUUCAUUUUGCAGGCUGGAUCUUCCUUUCCUCCUUAGCGAAGGAGAAAAAAAGAGGGAGGGAGCGUGAAGGACUGUGUGAAGGCAAGGCAUUUCCCCGAAACAUUGCCAGCAUCCCAGCUCGAGCAUCUGCAGCGAGAGAGGACGAGAGAGGAUCCUCGUCUUUACGAAAAGCCUCCUCAAUGAGUGCCAAGCUCUCCAAGGAGUUCAGGCUCUCCCUGCCGCCCUGCCUCUUGAAUAGGACAUCUGGCUCUUCAAAUGCCAGUACCACCUGCAUCGUGCAAAUGGGGCAGCUCUUCCAGUCUUUCUCUUCCACUUUUGUUUUAAUUGUUCUGAUCGCCCUCAUCUUCUGCCUGAUUCUCCUCUCCCUCAUUACUUUCCAUGUCCACAAGAGGAAGAUGAAGAAACGGAAAAUGCAAAAGGCUCAGGAGGAAUACGAACGGGACCACUGCAGCAGCACCAGCGCUGAGGCAGGAGGUUCGUGUGAAAUACCUCAAGGAAGAGAAACAUCCAGGCUGGGAAGAACCACCCAGGAUUCUAAUACCCAGUGUACUUCUGCUCCAGAACCACAGAAAACACAUCCUGAAAGAUCAUGUUUGGACACAGAUACUCCAGGGCUUUUGCACACAGUGGUAUUGUCUUGAUUUUCUUUCCUUUUUAUUUUCUGUGGGGACCUCACCAAAAGACACUGUUUGGUGUUUGUACAUAUUUGAGUGGUUAUCAUUAUAAUCUUGAAGAAGAUGAAGAAGAAAAAUUAUUAUUAUUAUUACUACUACUACUAUUAUUAAUAAGGAAAGAAGCAACCAGAAAUCAAACGCAUGACAAAUUUCAUUGCGUUUCUCAUUGACUUUUUGCAAAGGGAAGGAUGCAUCUUUAUUUCUUUAUUUUCCUUUCAGAGAAGACAAGAAAAAGCUGCACAGUGCUACCAAAUAUAAAGUAAUCUGCCCGAAAAGAAAAGGUGCAGACAGUACAAUUGUGAUGUACAUAUAUAAAUGAUCUAGAUUAUAUAUAACAGCAUAUCUCUAUUUCCCUACCCUUCUUUGUUGGAGAUUAUCCUUAAGUGUCAUGGUAUUUAAAGGACUGUAUCACCGGCCAAGAAUGAAAAAGGGAGGGAGAGAUAACGGGGGCGGGGGGGGCGACAGAAAGGGAGAGACUACUUCUAAACAUGCUUUUGGACUUUUGUCUCAGUGGCACUGGCAAGGUGAGGGGACUGUUCUGUUGACCAAUUUGCAGUGAAGCAUGAAAGAUCUGACCUUUUCGUAAGGUUUCUUGUGUCAAUAACAGUUCUCCCCUCCUCCUCUUUUCCAACACCAUCACUCUCUUUUAAGAGAUUGGCAUAAAAAAAUAAAACCACCUGCCCCUGAUUAAGCAUAAGCAAAUAAAAAAUGACCCUCCAUCAACUGAUGCUGAUCUCCUUUUUAAUUUUUUUUAAUUCCUCUCGCUUUCUCUCUCUCUGCAGUAUUAUAUACCCUGUGCCCUGCAAAGCUGCGUAUGCCAAACAGACUAGCUAGGCUUCUAUACCUAUAUCUAUUAUCUAUGGGAGGGACUGGGGUUGUUACUCCACAGGAAUGUUUUGGGUUGUAUCUUUCUCUGUUUCUCUCUUUAGGCAUUUUCAAUUGUAACAACCUUUUUCUUAUUAUUAAAUCUGGAAUAAGAUACCUUUUGUGGUGACC